CAGCGGUCGUACAUACAGCCGAUCGGUGUCGCUACUGCAAUUGUCGUACUAGUGCCCGUUACGAUCCACUCCGUUCGCUGGAGUGUACGUGAAGUGUGGUGAUAGUGUGUUUUUAGCUAUACAAGCCAAAGUGUAUCGCUUCAAAAUACCACUUUCUUUGGUGUGUGGCGAGUUCCACGGAGUUGUCUAACGGCUAUUCGCCUGCCGGCGAGGGAAGGCGGAUCGCUUUUACCGGGAGGAAUGAGCCCGGCACACCACCGAUCCCGCACUCACCGAUGAUCUCAAGAGACCAUGCAUAUAGACACCCUACCGCUCGUGGUUUGGACGCUUUUAGUCACAACGACACAUGUAGCGACACAAAGCCAAUAUGGAAUAGGUUUAGGAAUAAAACGAGAAGUAUUUUUCUUAAAUUUAGAAGAUGGCUAUUUUGGCUGUCAAGUAAACGAAUCAACACAAAUAUUACAGUUAUACGAAUUAUCUAAGUUAUGCGACGGUGUGCCUGAUUGUUAUAAGGCAUCCGAUGAGCUGAAGUCAGAGUUAAAAUGCACAGAUGAUUGUACCAAAGAAGAUGGCGCACAGUGUAUAAACGGUGCGUGUUUGAACGGCGUGUGCCAUUGCAACGAUGGUUUUGGCGGCUGCAACUGCCAGGAACUUGAUGUAAACGAAUGUAAAGACAGACCAUGCGAUGUGUUUGCUCAUUGUACAAAUACCGUGGGGAGCUUUCAAUGCUCUUGCUUCCCUGGCUAUGAAGGCGACGGUUUCAAGUGUAGAGAUAUAAAUGAGUGCGAAGACCCGGCUGUAGCAUCAAGAUGCGUUGAAAACGCAGAAUGUUGUAAUUUGCCUGCACAUUUUAUCUGCAAAUGUAAUCGAGGCUUUGAAGGCGACGGUGAAGAAGAGUGUAGAGAUAUCGACGAAUGUCGUCGGCCUGGAGCUUGCGGUGUCAAUGCAGUAUGUCAGAACUAUCCCGGAAAUUAUACAUGCGCAUGUCAAGUCGGUUACACGGGAAAUGGUUUUGAUGGCUGUGUGGACGUGGAUGAAUGUACGUCUGGGUCGGUGUGCGGCCCAGGGGCGGUGUGCCGCAACCUCGACGGAGGCUACGAGUGCAGCUGUCCCCCCGGGUACGAAGGCGAUCCUCGUGUCGCGUGCCGAGACCACGACGAAUGCGCACGUGCUUCCUGCGGACGUGGAGCUCACUGUGAAAAUCUUCCUGGCGCCUACCGCUGUGUUUGCCCACCAGGUUUCGAAGGCGACCCUGACGUGGAAUGUAUUGACGUGGAUGAAUGUAAGAAUAGCGAAGCUAUAUGCAGUGAACACGCCAUAUGUACCAACACACUCGGCAGCUACGUGUGCACGUGUAAGCCGGAGUACACUGGAGAUGCUCGUAUGUCAGGUGGCUGCCGUGAUGUCGAUGAAUGCCAGGCCCUUGAAAGACCGUGUGGCACAUUCGCAGUCUGCGAGAAUGCAGUGCCUGGAUAUAACUGCGUGUGUCCCCAAGGAUAUAGAGCAAAACCGUCUCCACAAAUUGCUUGCGAACAGGUCGAUGUGAAUACUUUAUGUAAAUCAAAUUUUGAUUGCACGAACAAUGCUGAGUGUAUUGAAAAUCAAUGUUUUUGUAAAGAAGGAUUUGACGCCAAAGGAUCUCUUUGCCUCGAUAUUGACGAAUGUUCCACUAAAGCCGUAGCAUGCGGUGAGAAUUCCUUGUGUGUAAAUACUCUUGGCGGAUAUAACUGUGAAUGCGCUGCAGGAUUUAUUGGCUCCCCACCACGAAUAACUUGUCGCGCCCCAUGCGAGGAUGUAAAGUGUGGUGAUCAUGCUUAUUGCAAACCUGAUGGCGCUGAAGCAUAUUGUGUAUGUGAAGAGGGGUGGACAUUCGAUCCCAAUGAUAUAGCAGCAGGAUGCAUCGAUAUUGACGAAUGCGAUACGUCUGCUGGGUCUGUCGGCAGGUGCGGUACAAAUGCAAAAUGCCUUAAUAAUCUUGGAAGUUUCGCUUGUCUUUGUCCUGAGGGAUAUACAGGAGAUGCAUAUAAACAGUGCUCGGAUAUUGAUGAGUGUGUAAUGGAUGGCCCAUGUGGAGUGGGGGCGGAUUGUAUUAAUAAUGAUGGUUCUUUUGAAUGUGAAUGCCCCGAUAAUACAGUACCAGAUCCAGAUCCUAGGAUAAGAUGUGCUGAAAUUAUGCUAUGCAAAAGUGAUAAUGAUUGCCCUGGUAAUGCCUUAUGCGAUCCGAAUUCUCGAUGUUUAUGUCCCGAGCCAAAUAUAGGCAAUGAAUGCCGACAUCCUUGUGAAUCGUUACAAUGUGGCAGUAAUUCGGAAUGUCUUUUGAAUGAGCAAACAGCUCUUUGUACUUGUAGAAGUGGUUUUACUGGAGAUCCUUUGUUACCAAGCGGAUGUCAAGAUGUUGACGAAUGUGAAGUAAGUCCUUGUGGGCCUGGUGCUGUUUGUAAAAACUUACCAGGUUUAUUCCAGUGCGAGUGUCCUGGUAACUUUAGCGGCGAUCCUUACAUCGAAGGUUGUAUCGCAGGCCAAACGCCAAGUGAAUGUAGUAUUAAUCAUCCGUGCCCGCAGGGUGAACAAUGUGUCUUACACGAUGGCGAAAACGUUUGUAUUUGUUCCCAAGGUUUCUCGCGUAACAAAGAAACCGGGUUAUGUGAAGAUAUAAACGAAUGUACUCAGCAUGGUCGCUCCCCUUGUGGACUAAACGCAAUUUGUAAAAAUUUGCCAGGCAGCUAUGAAUGUAAAUGUCCGUCUGAUUAUAGUGGUAAUCCCUAUAAUUUAUGCGAAAUGUGCAGUGAUAUUAACUGUCAAUGUCAACCACCUUACAAAUUAAUGGAAGGAAAUUGUGUUUUAUCUGGAUGUACAAAAGAUAACAAAUGCGGUAAAGGAGCAGAAUGUAUUAAAAUCUCUGAUGAUGUGAGUUACUGCGCUUGUCCUGUGGGCUACACGCAGACUUCAGAUGGUGCUUGCGAAGAUAUCAAUGAAUGUUUAUCAGGACAGCCAAUCUGCGGAUUUGGGGCAGAAUGUAUUAAUACAGAUGGUUCUUAUACAUGUAAAUGCCCACCAGGUUAUGGUAAAGAUUCAGUUUCUGGACAUUGUACAUUAAAUCAAAAACGUUGUAUUAGUGACUCUGAUUGCUUUCCUAAUGAGAAAUGCAUUCAGCCUGGAAAAUGUGUCUGCCCACCUCCAUUUUAUCUCGAUGUCAUUGAUGGACAGAAAUGUAAGAGUCCUUGCGAACGGUUCACAUGUGGUAUUAAUGCCAAAUGCACUCCAAGUGAUCCACCAAGGUGUAUGUGUAUGACGGGGUAUGAAGGUGAUCCAUAUACAGGAUGCACAAACAGAAAUGAGUGUCACAGUGCUCCAUGUGCUUACGGAGCUAUAUGUCAUGACCAAAAAGGUGGUUAUCAAUGUGUGUGUCCUGAUACCAUGGUAGGAGACCCAUAUAAAACUGGAUGUACAAUGGAAGAAGGACCAUUACAAAAACAACUAUGUAGUUCGGACAAUGAAUGUCCGAAUACUUUAUCCUGCAUAAAUCACACUUGCAUAUCACCUUGUGCUACACUUUCUUGUGGCUCCAACGCUUUUUGUGAAGUCGAUAAUCAUGCUGCAUGGUGCCGUUGCAACCCAGGAUACACCAAACCUGAGGGAGGGAAAUGUAUAUCAGGAUGCGAUAAAUACUCCUGUGGAAAUGGUGCACAGUGUAUCAUAUCAAAAACAGGCCCAACAUGUAUUUGCCCAGAAGGAAUGGUAGGAAAUCCAUUCCCAGGAGGGUCCUGUAGAACUGACCUUUGUGGCUCAGGGAAGCCUUGUGAGAAGCCAUUGACAUGUAUAGCCGGUCGUUGCCGGCAACGAUGUGAAGGUGUUGUUUGUGGUGUCGGCGCAUCUUGUGAGGAAGAAAGUGGGAAAUGCAUCUGCAACGCAUUCUUCAUUGGAAAUCCCGAAUUAUUGUGUAUGCCACCUGUGGCUCCUCCAUCUUGUAACCCAGACUGCGGUGAAAAUGCACACUGUGUUUACGGGCAAACGAAUGCUUGUAAAUGUAACAAAGGAUUUACGGGCAAUCCUUAUUUGAAAUGUUUGCCUCGAAGACAAAUUACUUGCGCUAAAACGACUUGCGGAUUGAAUGCUGUUUGUCAACAAACUCGAUCGCAUGUGGAAUGUUUAUGCCCUCCAGGUUAUGUCGGAAAUCCCAACAUUCAGUGUAUUGAUAUUGACGAAUGUUCUUCAAAGCCUUGUGCUGAAAAUGCCAUAUGUAUAAACACUCCUGGUAGUUUUAGUUGCAUUUGCAAAAGUCGUUAUGUAGGGAAUCCUUACGAAUUGUGUUCACAAGUAUCAAUUUCGAAAUGCGUUGAAGGCAGCAUAUGCACAUGCUCGCAUAAUGCAACAUGUCCGGAUGGCUAUAUUUGCGAAAAAUCUAAAUGCGUUGAUAUUUGCCGCGCUGUAAUGUGUGGGCCUAAAUCAUUAUGCGAAGAAGGUAUUUGCCGAUGUCUCCCUGAUCACUCUGGAAAUCCUAAUGAUCUUCAGCUUGGUUGCAUUCCUGAUAAUAAGUGUACAAUAGACAGUGAUUGUAAAGAUUCUGAGAUAUGUUUUCAAGUUUCUAAGGGCACUCGAAAGUGCGUAGAUUCAUGUAGUAAAUUACAAUGUGGACCGAAUUCUUUGUGUAUUGGAGCUUAUCAUCAAGCACAUUGUGUAUGUGCGGAAGGCUACGUAGGAAAACCAGCUGAUAUCAAAACAGGAUGUCAUUUAAAACAAAGAGAACCCAAUGAUUAUGAAUGCAUCGAAAAUAGUGACUGUUCAGAACCACAAUUAUGCAUACAAGUUGAAGGAUCGAUUUACAGAUGUUUGGAUUUAUGCUCGACAAUUGCUUGCAGUGCCAAUGAAGUCUGUCGCGUGAAAGAAAAAAGUCCAAGAUGUGAAUGUAAAGAUGGUUUCUUAUGGAAUCCUGUAAGUUCUACAUGUGAACAGCCAUCGACCCCAACUUGUAAAAUUGAUAGCGAUUGUGAUGAUACUAAAUCAUGUCAAAAAGAUGUACUAGGUGUUAAUAAAUGUGAAGAUAACUGUUUGAUAUUUACGUGUCCUCAAAAUUCGAAGUGUGUUUCGAGGAACCACAAGAGCCAAUGUGAAUGCUUAGCAGGUUUUGUUGGGAAUCCAAAUGACCGUGAUGGUUGUAUGCCUAUUAAUAAAAACCAAUGUACUGGUGAUGCACAAUGUAGAGAAAAUGAAAUUUGUAAAUCAGUUGGCAAUGUCAAUAAAUGCCUAUCAGCAUGCCAACAAUUAGUAUGCGGUCCAAAUGCAAUAUGUGUAACAAAUAAUCAUGUGGCCAGAUGUGAGUGUCCAUCUGGACCUUUUACAGGAAAUCCAAAUGACCUAGAGAAAGGAUGUCAAUCCGUGCCGUGUAUUUACAAUUCAGAUUGUCUAUCACAUGAACUGUGUAAUCGAAUGACGCAUACAUGCAUAAACGCUUGUAAUGAAGAUUCUUGUGGUGAGAAUGCUGUUUGUAUAGCUGAAAAUCACAAAAUUAGUUGUCAGUGCCCUAGUGGAUAUAAGGCAGAUCCAUUGCCCGAAGUUAAUUGCCGAAAAAUUGAAGCAUGUAAUCCGAAUCCUUGUCAUAUUACAGCCAUAUGUGAACCACGACUCUCAUCUCAUAUUUGCAAAUGUCCUUCUGGUCUUAUAGGAGAUCCAAAUAAAGACGGUUGUCGGGCCCAAGGUGAAUGCCCCAAUGGUGAUCUGGAUUGCCCAAUUGAAGCGACUUGUGUUAAGGGUCGUUGUGUAAAUCCAUGUGAUGGAGCGUGUGGGUUGAAUUCAUUGUGCAAAAUUGUUGACAGGAAACCUAUUUGUUUAUGCCCGGAUGGUUAUGAAGACACACAUGGAGGAAUAGCUUGUAAGAAAAGGAUUUUAGAAUGUGCAAAUGAAUUUGAUUGCGAAGGCGACGUUUGUUCCAAUGGCCAAUGUUUUACGGCAUGCAAAAAUACUAGCCAAUGUGAUACUGGUGAAGUAUGCACAAAAAAUCUCUGUAUCACACAAUGUAGUAAACAUUCUCAAUGUGGAGUUGGGCAAGCAUGUGUAGGAAAUCAAUGUUUGAUCGGGUGUAGAAGUAAUGAAGACUGUCCUAGCGACGAGUCAUGUAUUAAUAAUAAAUGCGUAAAUCCCUGCCUUGCAACGAGAGUCUGCGGUCCUAAUGCUAUUUGUUCCAGAGUCAAUCAUAAUACACAAUGUGUGUGUCCCGAAGGUUUUGAUGGCACACCUACACCUCAACAAGGAUGCAUCAGAAAGCCUAAUUCUUGUAGAAGAUCAUCAGACUGUCCACCAGACCACAUGUGUAUCGGUCUAUUGUGUCAAGUACCAUGUCGAGAUAACUCAGGAUGUGCCAUCGGUGAAAAAUGUAGUGAUAAUAAAUGUCACAAAAUUUGUCAUUCAAGCAGUAAUUGUUUACAUGGAGAACAUUGCAGUUUAGGGAUAUGUAUACCUGGAUGCAAGGCAGAUUCAGAUUGUUUAAAUAAUCAAAUUUGCAAGGGAACAGAGUGUCAAUGCAUGCCCGGAUAUAAAAUGAUCAACGAUGACUGCAUAAACGUUAAUGAAUGCGCAUAUAAUCCCUGCCAUCCUACAGCUCAGUGUUUAGAUACUCCAGGCUCUUUUCAAUGUGUUUGUCCAGGUGGAGCUAUUGGUGAUCCUUAUGUAACAGGUUGUUUGUUAUCUAACCAGUGCCGUCGUGAUAGCCAAUGCGAAAGUUCAUUUGCAUGUAUAAAUGGAAAGUGUGCAAAUCCAUGUCAAAAUAAAGCAUGUGGGUUGAAUGCAGUAUGUUCAGUAGUAAACCACCGAGUGACAUGCGCUUGUGAAAAAGGAUAUCUAGGGAAUCCAUUUGACUCAAAAAUAGGCUGUUUCAAAGUAGAAUGUGUGGAAGAUUCUGACUGUUCCAGUGACAAAUAUUGUUUUUCAAAAUCUAACAAAUGUUCUGAUAAAUGCGAAGAAUUUGCAUGUCAAGGUGGAACUUGCAGAAUAGAAAAUCAUAAGGAGCUAUGUUUAUGUCCAAGCGGUUUUGAUUUAUUAAAUAAUAAAUGUGAAGACUUGAAUGAGUGCCUUGACAACCCUUGCCCAUUAAAUUCUAAAUGCGUUAACACGCCUGGUUCAUAUACCUGUUCUUGUGUUAACGGAACAAUAUUAGAUACACUCAGUGGAAAUUGCAGAUUACCCGGAGAUUGCCUUACAGAUGAGGAUUGCUCAGACAAAACAAAAUGUGUUAAUAAACAAUGCAUUGACCCUUGUAAUAAAAUAUCAGCUUGUGUCAAAAGCGCUGUUUGCACUGUAGUUAAACAUAAUCCAGUAUGUGAAUGCCCGCCUGGUAGCCACGGUGAUCCUUUAAAUAAAUGUACCAAAUUCGAAUGUACUAAAGAUUCCGAAUGCCUAUCUCAAGAAGCGUGUGUAAAUUACAAAUGCAAAGAUUCAUGCAGUAUACCCCGUGCGUGUGGAAGGAAUGCUGGAUGCUUCUCAAAAAAUCAUAUAGGACACUGUUCCUGUUUACCUGGUUAUACUGGAGAUGCAGUCUUAGGGUGUGUUCCAAUACAAGAUUGUACAGAUGAUAGGAAAUGUCCUUCAGGAACAAGAUGUGUAGACAAUUUAUGCGUUGGAUUAUGUAAAAAUACAAGGGAUUGUUUAAAUGAUCAAGUUUGUAUUCAAGACACUUGUAGGCUUACUUGCGACUCUAAUAGUACAUGUCCAGAUUUUCAAUUGUGCUCGAAUAGAAUUUGCGUUAAAGAAAUUCAAUGUAUGUCCAAUGAGGACUGUAAUGAUGGAGAGCAAUGUACUAAAGGAAGGAACGGAGUUCCACAAUGUAUUGAUGUAUGUGAUAAGCAGCCAUGUGGAAGACAAUCAGUUUGUAUUGGAAAAGCUCAUCGUCCUAUAUGCUCUUGUAAAGAAGGUUUUUUCGGGGACCCUUUACAAGGAUGUAAAAGAAAACAAUGCGAGAUCGAUGCUGAUUGCUCAGACGAUAAAGUUUGUGAUAAAUAUAUGUGUAAAAUUGCUUGUUUAAUGGGAAAUAACUGUGGAGAAAAUUCCGUAUGUUCAUCAGAAAAACAUAAACAAGUAUGUUAUUGUCAGCCUGGAUAUACAGGUGAUCCCGUAAAAGGAUGUGUAAAAAUAAAUUGGUGUGAAACGAAUCCUUGUGGCAAUGCUGCAGAAUGUAAAAACACAAGAAAUCGUGCUGAAUGUAUAUGUCCACCGGGUGCUGUUGGAGAUCCAUACGGUGAAGGAUGUCGUAAAUCCCAAGAAUGUAGGUUUAACCGCGAUUGCCCCUCUGUGGCUCGAUGUACUUUUGCAGAUGGAGUUAGAAAGUGUACUGAUGCAUGUGAAAAUAUUAAAUGUGGACAAAAUGCAGUUUGCACUGCUUUGAGACACACUGGACAGUGUAAAUGUAAACCAGGUUACAUUGGGAAUCCUGAGUUGGAAAAAGGAUGCAGACUGCAAGAAAUGUCAUGUUCAUAUAAAGCUGACUGCCCAAAUGAUUACUAUUGUCAUAAAGGCAUUUGCAAAGGUUUAUGCUUAAUUGAUGAAGAAUGCGAGCCAUCAGAGAAAUGUUUUAACGGUCAAUGCGUAGAUCCAUGUCAAGUAGAAAAAGCUUGUGGAUUAAAUGCUUUAUGCCAAUCUGAAAAUCAUGUGUUACAAUGUAGCUGUCCAUUUGGUUUUACUGGAAAUCAAGAUGUGGAAUGCGUACGAAUGCCACGGCUUUGCGGAUCGGCUGGAGAAUGUGAGGAAGGUCAUAUGUGUCAAGAUUCAAUGUGUUUACCUCGGUGUAAAGGUGACGAAGAAUGUGCAUUAAAUGAAAAGUGUUCUAAGGGAGUUUGUUUGCUGACUUGUAGAGUAGAUAAUGACUGCUUCCUUGGCCACAUAUGUUUGGAAAAUAGUUGCCAAUAUGGAUGUCGUCAUGAUGAAGAUUGUGGCCCUGAUGAAUUUUGUAAAAACAAUUUUUGUCGAAAUCCAUGCGCCCGUGAAAUCAAUCCAUGUGGACCUAAUGCGGCGUGUUCUGUAGUAGAAAGAAAGGCUGCUUGUUCUUGCCUAGAGAAUUUGGUACCAAACCCAACUCCUAAUAUUGGGUGUGUAAGAGCACCAUCGUCACCUUGUCGUAAACAUACUGACUGUGUUCAUGGGUGGAGAUGUGAAGAUGAUCGAUGCCGCCCUGCGUGCACAUUAGAUGGCUCCCAAUGCUUACAAGGCGAAAGAUGCUUAUCAGGUGUUUGUAGGUAUGCUUGUACCACAGAUGAACAUUGUUCAGAUGACGAAAUUUGUGAUGGUAGAAUUUGUAUGACUGGAUGUAGAUCCAACUCACACUGUGCGAAUAAUUUAGCAUGCAUAUCAGGGCAGUGUAUCGAUCCAUGUACAGAGCCAGCUACAUGUGGUGCUAAUGCAUUAUGUAGCACUAAAGAUCACAAACCCGUAUGUCUAUGUCCACCUGCACUCAAUGGAGAUCCAAAAGAAGUAUGUAGAAGAACGACAACACCGUGUGAUGUAAACAAAAACUGUCAAGAGGGACUUAUAUGUUAUGGAGAUACAUGUCAUCCAUCUUGUAGAAGCGAUAGUGUAUGUUUGUCCAACGAAAAAUGUAUUCGAGGCAUUUGUAGAGUUGUAUGUAAUAGCGAUGAUGCUUGUAGUGAAGGUCACAUUUGUGAGAAUAGAAUAUGUAAACAAGGUUGUCGGGACGAUAAUGCCUGUGACGUUAAUCAGGCUUGUCUAAAUGGCCAAUGCAGAGAUCCUUGUAAAGAUAGUAAAACAUGCGGUAUCUGUUCAGAUUGCAAAGUACUUAACCAUAGAGCCCAGUGCAGCUGUCCCAGUAAUUAUACAGGAAAUCCUCUUGUCGAAUGCAAAAAGAAACGACUAGCAUGUGAUGGUUAUUGUUCUUGUGAUGAAAGUGGUUACUGUAUUACACUUUGCGAAGAAAAUUCCGAUUGUACCUGUGGAGAGAAAUGUUUUAAUGGAGGAUGCAGGGCGCUAUGCUCUCAAAGAAAUAAAUGUCCUGAAAGACAACUUUGCGUCAGAGGUGCUUGCGUUCCUGGCUGUAAUACCGAUCGAGAUUGUGGAGAAGAUAUGUUGUGUUUAUCGAAACUUUGUGUGCCAGCAUGUAGUGAUAAAUCUUGCGGUAAAAAUGCGUUAUGUUUAGCAACACGUCAUCGUGCUGUAUGUAGUUGUCCUAGUGGAUUUUCAGGAGAUCCUAUGAAAGAAUGUAAAUCUUACGAGUGCUUGCAAAAUGAAGAUUGCGCCACUGAUGAGGAAUGCCAAGCUGAAGGCAAAUGCAAAAAUGUGUGCACAGCCGCAUGUGGAAUUAAUGCUAUUUGCAGAGUGGUAAAUAGAUCGCCACAGUGUUCUUGUCCACCAAAUUAUAUAGGAAAUCCAAAAAUCGAGUGUUCAAAGCCUCCUGUUGGAAGUUGCUUGCGAAAUCCCUGUGGAAUAAAUGCUCGCUGUCGAGAUCUAGAUGAUGGUAGCUACGAAUGUACAUGCCCUCCUAGUUGUGCUGGUAAUCCACAAAGGCAAUGUUUUUGUGGUACUAUGGAGCCUUGUGCGUAUAAAACAUGUGGAACAAAUGCCCAAUGUCGAAUCAGCCACACUGGGGAGCCUCAGUGUUAUUGUCCACGACAUCACCCUAAUGGAGAUCCUAAUAUAGAAUGUUCUCAGGAACGUAGUGUAGUCGAUUGUCGUACAACCGGAUGUGGAAUCAACGGGGAGUGUUUACGUGAAGGCGCUGAGUUCGUUUGUCGUUGUAUACCAGGUACUGAAGGUCAAGCCGACAUCGAGUGUCAUACUAGUAUUGAAUGUACGAGCGACAAGGACUGCCCGGUAGACAAAGCGUGUUUGAGUUUACACUGCGUGGACCCCUGCACGGUGCGCGGCGUUUGUGGAGAGGAUGCACUCUGCGUGCCUCUAAUGCAUCGAGCCCAAUGUUCAUGUCCGCAAUGUUAUGUGGGCAAUCCAAGAGUAAUUUGUCAAUUAGAUUCAACAUGCAAAUCGACCUCUGAUCACAACGUCACUUUUACAUGCUCUGAUAUAAAGCCAUGCCCAUCUAAAUUAGCGUGUGACCUAAACACUAAUCAAUGCCGUAAUCCAUGUCUUGGAUUCCAAAAUUGUCGAAGGAACCAAAGAUGUGAAGUACGUAAUCAUACACCUGUAUGUGUUUGCCGUAAUGGUUUUGCACUUAAUGAGAAAGGAGAACUAACUUGUGCACCAGAACAUGCGGAAUGUUCAAGGGAUGAACAAUGCCCAUCUAAUGCAGUCUGCCGUAAUUCAAAAUGUGUUAAUCCGUGUUUGGCAUCAAGAGAACCUAUGUGUCCUAAAGGAAAGCAAUGCGAAGUACUAGAACAUCGAGUCAUGUGCGUGUGUGUUGAAGAUUGUCAUCCAACUAUAUCAAUAUGUUUAACGGACAACGGCUGUCCACAUAACUUAGCAUGCAAAGAUUAUCAAUGUAAAGAUCCUUGUAAAGACGCUUGUGGUGGUGCCCCUUGUUCAGUAGAAGAUCAUCAUCCUGUUUGCAAGUUCUGUCCUAAUGGAUUCACGCACGAUGACAAACAUGGCUGUAUCAAAGCUUUGCAAUGCGGGGCUCAUGAGCACUGUGCCCCGGGCUUGGCGUGCAUGAAUGGCGGCUGCGCGGACCCGUGCGCCGACGGCGGGCCCUGUACCCCUGGACAGCACUGUGCGGUUGUCGACCACCAGCCUGUUUGCUCCAAAGUGUGUCAAUGUCAAAGUUCAUCAGACUGUGCCCGAUAUCCAAAUACUUAUUGCGACGGCUGCGCGUGUAUACAAGGAAAACAACCGACUACAAAUUGUGGACAUUGCCGACCUGGAGUACCAUGUGAUCCAUUUUCUGGUGCCUGCAUGGAACAUGAGGGAUCUAAAAAUAUCCCAUUAACCGAAACAUACUCCGAAACUUCUCAGACAACGUUGGGAACAAGCACAGACUUUUCUCUGACAAACGACGGAAUAUUAUAUACAACUAAUAGCAAUACAAAUAGUUAUUUUGACCUUCAUUUUGUGACUGCCCAAGAUACAACUACCAUAUCAACAUUUUCAGACAUACAAUCUACUGACAUAAGUACAAACACGAAUAUAGAUAGAAGUACAAAACAAGCGACCUCCCCUAGUGACAUCAAUGAAAAGAAUAUAAAAUUUACAAGUGAUUCCUCGGAGACAACUAAAGCAUAUGAGAAUCAAAACAAAAAAUCUACCGUACAAGAAAAUAUUGAAAUUUCUACUCAUAGCAGUUCAAUAAAUGAUAAUUUUGGAUCUGAAAUAACUUCAGAGAGCCAAGAUAUAGCUUCAACUACCAUGAUAGAAGUUAAAGGUGAUAUAUUUACAACAGUAGGAGUAUACUUAUCUGAUUCACUCAUGAAUAAGAAGCUGACAACUAUAACAAAACUAGAUAAACAUAUGACAAACAAGCCACUCAUAAAUACCCAACAAACCAGUUUUGCUAUCACAUUGACAGAUUCUGAUGAACUUGCGAAAAGUAGCAGUUUUCAUGUUGAAAGUACUGUCCAACCAACAAUAACUAAACCGCCAACAAUGUUUGAAUCAUCGACUCAUUUAAUUGAAAACAAAAACACGAAAACCCCCGAAAAUCAGAGACAAUUAAAUAGAAAUUUUACUGAUAUUCCUGUACUUACAUCAACGCGUGGCAAACAAAGUAUUUCGUCAGAUACCACGAAAUUUAUAAAAGAGGAUUCCACACAGCGUACAACUAUGACUGUGAUACAAAGCGAUAAUAGUAUUUUUACUACAGAAGGAAAAAAAAUAGAGGCGAGGCCGACAAUGACCUCACAAGAUGGAAUAGAAUUAUCAACCAGUCCUAGUAAUGAAGUAUUAAAAUCAACUGCGUUGGAUGAGUUGGAAGACGAGUCAACAAUCAGUUAUUUUGAAAGUCAAAUGACUUUUACAGAUAACAAAUUUCAAAAUUUAGCUACAGACAACUCGAAAACAAUUAAAAUUACACAUAGUACACCAAAAACCGUAAAUAAGAAACCAGCUAGAGAUGACCUAUUUGAUACUACAACAGAGCCAAUCACUUCCCUUUAUACACUAUCCACUCAGCUUGUUGAUCAAACUGAUGAUUUUUCGAAAGUUCAUUAUACAGACUCGAAUUUAGAUUUUUACGAAACUAAGAUUCAAACUGCUAUGACGGAAGAUAAGAAAUAUACCAUGUCUGAUAGCGCAGAACAUAGUGAUCUACAUCAAGACUCGCAGGCAAGUUCAACAACCAUAAAAAUGGUUCCUCUAAACGACAAUAUUAGCGAUACACAAGAAUUAUAUACAACGACAGAAGUAUUUACUUAUAAUAUGAAAACUACAACUGACACACCCGCUCAAAUAUUGUCUACUAAAAAUUCAGACAUUUCAAAUAAACUAACUAAUGAAGCGACAACUGAAUUAACAAAUUUCAAUGAUAUAAAAGAAACAAAUAAUUUGAAGUUUGAUAAAGCUUUUACGGAACCCUCCUUAGUGACAGAUAAUCUAAAUAAAAUCUAUGCUGAGAAACAAACCAAUAGACAAUAUUUGACUACUAGUGAAACAUCGAGCGAGAAAAAUAUUUAUGAAAAUUUUAAUUCUUCCAUUAUUUAUAUGGAUAACAAUGAUUCCAGUUAUACAAGUAAAGCAUCUACGACUCCAAUGCUUAAAACAGAAAUGACAACAAAAUCUACACAGAAUCUAGAUACAGUUGAAACAUCAGCAUACUCAAACGUUGAUAUAGAAAAUAAACAUAACGAAAUUAAUACUGUGGUACCAGAUUCGAUAAAAGUAACAGAAUAUAUCUCAACAGAAAAUACAAACAUUGAAUCGCAUUUUGAAUCGGGAGGUAGUUUACAUAGAUUUAAAACAGUCACUUCUUCGACGGCAAAUGAACCUUCAGAUAUAACAAAAAAAGAAGAAAGUACAUUGAUGUCAACUGCACAUAAUCUUGAUAUAACAUUAUCCACUGAAAUAUUAGAAAAUAAUUUACAAGCGACAAAAUCAGUAAAUGUUAAAGAGUUCGAUGAAUCGUUCUCAACGGUUUCACCAAAUAUUUAUAUAGCGAAUUACGAAACAACUACGAACAGAAAAAAUUAUGACGUUAGUGAUUUUAUUUAUUAUGACUUGAAUACCAAUACUGCACCCUCAGAAGAUACUAAUUCACUUAAAACAGAAAUAUUUCACGAUUUAGUUACAUCUACGAGCACUAAAGGUGAAGAAACCACUAACGAGAGCGUUGUAUCGAAUAGAAAUCCUACUUUAACUUCUAAAUUUCAUUAUGAAGACAUCCCUAAUAUAUCUUCCUUAACAACUUCUGAAGUAGAUGAUUCAACUACCGUGAAUGGUAUUACUUCUGAUAUAAAGAAAACGACCACAUACAAUACUUUUUCCACUUAUCCACAAACAGAUCAUAGAAAUAGGCCUCCUUUAGAUUUCAGUACAACGCUUACAACAACAAAUGAUAUUACAGUAAAUAAAAACAAAAUAAUUAUAAAAGAGCUACAUGAUUCUAAGACAAUAGCCAGUGUUGAUGGUGUCAAUACAGUAACGAUGAGAUCAUCUUCUCCAUUUCACAAUAAAUCAAUGGAACAAGACAUAUUCAAAGAAUUUAAAACUACAUCUGUAGAUUUCAACUAUUAUGAAAAUAGUGAAAAUACCACAACUAUUUAUGAAGAGGAUUUAAUGACAACAAAUACCAUGAAUUUAAAAAAUAUUGUUUAUUUAAAUUCAACCAGUACCAUCGCGUAUAAUAAAACAGACAUUCAUAAAAUUGGAAAUAAAACUGAUAAUUCCACAGAUAUAAAUGUAGAAGGUACUACUACUGUAACAAUAGUUGACUCAAGUACAGAAAUUACAGAAUCAAAUGAUAUCACAUCAACCCUGGAUUCAAAAUCUACUAAUGCUGACAUGAAACCUUAUAUAUAUGAUGAUAAUGAAAAUUUAAGUCAACAUAGCACACAAUUCUUUGGAGAUGAUUUAUUGGAAACAAAAUCAAUAAACGAUAAUUCUUAUUUAAACUCCGAUACAAUAACUACCGAUUAUUCAAAAUCUACAACGAGUUUUUCGCCAACGGAUAGUCAAGAAUCUGUUAGUAAAACAAAGGAUUACACGGCCACAAAUGUAGAACAAUAUACAAGUACCGCAACAACAAAAAUAAUUGAAUUAAGUGAUGAGGUGACAGAAUUUAAAGCUACUAUACCGAUUAAUACAAAGUUUACUCAUGCAGAUUUUCCUUCUAACAUGGAUGAAUUCGAUCAAUCAGUAAUACCUCCUUUUGAUUAUAAAUCAAGUACCGUUUCAAAAUCAUACUACGACAAUCACAAUUCAGAAUCUACUGAAAGUGUAUUAACAAAAUAUGAAGACACAGAUUAUAUCAGUAUAAAUUUUGAAUCUACGGUAGAUAAUAUUGUUACUAUUUCGCCAGAUAGUACAAUAUCCCCAAUUACAAAUGAGUUUAGGCGACCAGUGAUGGUGAAUCUUUCAGUCACUGAUAAGGAUUCUUCGUUAUAUUCGUCUACUCAAAAAGUGACAGAUACUUCAAAAGAAUUAUCCGAAUCCACGAAACAAUCCUUUAUACAGAAUACGCCAACAUCACCCUUCCCGACGACAACAUAUGUUGCUAAUAAUAGGUCCGAUAUUGGUAAUACACAGUAUUUCAACGACACGUUAAGUUUUACUACACCUACAAACAUAGAUAGUAUUUAUAAAAAUAACAAUAUAUCAACUCAACCCAGUAUUAGCACUUCUACAGACAACUCAUCUUCUCGUAGUAAAGAUGUAGAUAUAUCUGCUUGGGAUGACUCAACGACUAUCACUGAAAUUCCAACAACAGAGACUUAUAACAUUGUUACAAACAACCUUAUCUUGCACCCUUGUAAAACGAAUUUACAUUGUCCGACGGACAAAGCUUGUAUAUAUGGAGUAUGCCAGAACCCUUGCGAAGUGGCCCAGAGUCCUUGUACACGGGAUAAGUCCUGUAAAGUUGUCGACCACAUCACCGAGUGUGUUUGCAAUGAUGCUGAUGGAAACAACUGCUUAAGAGAAUCGCCUGGAACACCCAAGAAACCGGAACCCUGUCAUUCUGAUCGGGACUGUAUAGAAACGGAAGCUUGUUUCAUGGGACUUUGUCAUAAUCCUUGUGAGUUUGACAAUGUUUGUGGUAUUGGAGCCAAUUGUCAGCCAGUUAAACAAAGACCAAUGUGCUCGUGUCCGGCAGAACACGACGGAAACCCUGCUAUUAAAUGUUCACCUAAAAUAAUUGGUUGCACACGGAACGAAGAUUGUUCUAUCACUGAGGCUUGUAUAAAUAAUGCAUGCCAGCACCCUUGUGCCAUACACAACCCAUGUGCACUAAACGCUGUCUGUAUAAAUACAAACCAUGGUUCAGACUGCAGCUGUGCCGAAGGUUUUCAAGGAAACGGUUAUGUUGGAUGUGUACCAGUCGUUAAUUCUGGAUCUGUAUGUCAAUAUAACGAAGAUUGCCCCCCAGAGCUGUUAUGUGAUCGAUUGAACAGAGUGUGCAUAAGCCCAUGUGCAGUUAACACGUGUGGAGAUAACGCUGAGUGUAUACCCUCAAAUCACGGAAUCCAAUGUAAAUGUUACGCUGGUUAUACGGGAAAUGCUUAUCUGGAAUGUUUUCAAGUUACAGGAUGUCGUUCUGACAACGAAUGUGGAAAUUCAGAAGCAUGUAUAAACGGCAAAUGUAGUUCUCCAUGUCGAUGUGGCACUAAUGCUGUAUGUGAUGUUCUUAACCAUCGCGCUUCAUGUAAAUGUCUCCCUGGAUAUUCCGGCAAUCCCUCAAUAGGUUGCGAGCCCCCUGCCAACCCAUGUAUUCCUAAUCCUUGCGGAACCAAUGCACUGUGCGAAAAUGAUAACGGACGCCCGAUUUGCCACUGUCCAAAAGGUUUAACUGGAAAUCCAUUCCAAAGUUGCAUACCUGAAGGUAAUGAAUGUGAGCCCAAUCCAUGUGGUCCUUAUUCAGGAUGUAGAUUAAUUGAAAAUAAACCAGCAUGCUUCUGUUUACCAAAUUAUGAGGGAAAUCCACCAAGACAGGCUUGUAAAAUGCCUAACAAUCCAUGUAAUCCCUACCCAUGUGGACCUAAUACUCAAUGUACAGUAUUACCCAACGGUUUUGCAAAAUGCACGUGCUUACAAGGUUACGUAGAGAGUCCCAAUACAGUUCGAGGUUGUAUAGAAACAAGAAAUCCAUGUAAUCCGAAUACGUGCGGAAAUGGAGCACGAUGUGAUCCAAACAGAAAUCCAGCUUGCUAUUGUCCUGACAACACAAUUGGAAAUCCAUACAAGUCAUGCAUACAUCGACCGUACCUACCUCCUAAUGGACUUUGCCAACCAGGUCCCUGUGGAGAAAACGCAGAUUGUUAUGUGAGCAGUAACACGGAAAUGUGUUUCUGUAAAACUGGUUUCAUUGGAGACCCUUAUACUGGAUGCCAACCAAGAAAGAGUCCCUGUUUACCUAACCCUUGUGGCCCACAAGCUGUUUGUAACGUUAAUUAUGAGGGCGAAGCAUUAUGUUCUUGUCCCUCGGGAAGUUCUGGUAACCCAUAUGGACUUGAAGGAUGUCAUUCACAUGAAUGUGAAGUAGAUGAUGAAUGUCCACAUGAUAAAGCCUGUAUUGGUUAUGCUUGUAGUGAUCCUUGUCCAGGUGUAUGUGGCUUAAAUGCUAAGUGUCAAGUAGAAUCUCACCGACCUUUGUGUUCUUGUGAAGAGGGUCUUAUUGGUAAUCCAUUGAUCUGUUGCUUACCCCCAGAAGAUCAAAAAUCUAUGAGACCUUGUAAUAGAAAACGAUGCGGUAUAAAUGCCAUAUGUCAAGAUGUCGGUGACAAUGCAUUAUGUUCCUGCCCACCAGAUUUCUUUGGUGAUCCAACAGUUGAAUGCAAACCAGAAUGUGUCAUGAAUUCAGAUUGUCCAUCUAAUGAAGCCUGUGUUAAUAAGAAAUGUGCAGAUCCAUGUACUUUCGAUAAUGUUUGUGGUAUAAAUGCUGUUUGCUUAUGUUCGGACCACACUGUCUCAUGCCUUUGUAAGGACGGUUACAUAGGUGAUCCACUGACACAGUGCAUAUAUCGACCCAUUAUCAUCACACCUGACAACACCACUGUUCAACCCUGUUCACCAAACCCUUGCGAUCCUAAUUCUCUAUGUGACACAUACGGAGAUCAGUUUGCCAUUUGUAAUAGUUGCACUGGACCAAAUGCACCGAAUAAUCCAAUCUGCAGACCAGAAUGUGUGCUAAGCUCUGACUGUCCAUUUAAUAAGGCUUGUUUAGGAAAUAAAUGUGUCAAUCCAUGCCCUGGCUCUUGUGGUGCAAACGCUGAGUGUACAGUGUAUCAUCAUGAUCCAAUCUGUAGGUGUAUUAAUAAUUUUGAAGGAAAUCCAUAUGAAAAUUGCAAGCCCCAAACUCAUCCUAUUUUGGAAGAACAUAGUUGUGAUAAUAUGCAAUGUGGACCGAAUGCACUAUGUGCAAACUUAAAUGGAGCUCUAACUUGCCAAUGUUUACCAAACUUCUAUGGAAAUCCCUAUAUAUCAUGUCGGCCUGAGUGUGUUGUUAAUAGCGAUUGUUCUCCAGAUUUAGCAUGUCUCAAUAAUAAAUGUGAAAAUCCAUGUUUGAAUGUUUGUGGUAUUGGAGCACUAUGUGAAACAGUUAAUCAUCACGCUGUUUGUUACUGUGAACCAAGUUAUACAGGAGAUCCAUAUGUUAGAUGCCAGCCAACACCUAAGUUACCACCAACUGUGACAACAUGUGACCCGUCACCUUGUGGACCAUAUAGUAGAUGUUUAGUAUCACCGACAGGUUUUGCAGUAUGCUCUUGUUUACCUGGGCAUAAAGGCGUAGCUCCCAUGUGCCAACCUGAAUGUGUUAGCAAUUCAGACUGUCAACAAACAGAGACAUGUGUCAACCAGAGAUGCUCAAAUCCUUGUCAAGGAAGUUGUGGCAUCAAUGCAGAAUGUAUCAUGGUAAAUCACAAUCCAAUAUGUAGCUGCCAGCCUGGCAGAACUGGAGAUCCAUUUGUAGCAUGUUAUGAAAAUGUGGAACCUCCACCCGAUUUGGAAAAUCCUUGCAUACCUUCACCGUGCGGCCCGAAUUCUCUAUGUGAAAUAAGAUCAAAUCAUCCAGUAUGUUCUUGUAGACUCAGUUACUCAGGUACACCUCCUUACUGUAGACCAGAAUGUGUUAUAAGUCAAGAAUGUCCUUCGAAUAGAGCUUGUAUAAAUGAAAAAUGUGUAGAUCCAUGCAUAGGAGCAUGUGGAAACAAUGCACAGUGUAAUGUUGUGAAUCAUACCCCAUUAUGUAGUUGUUUAAAUGGGUACAGGGGAGACGCUUUCAUUGGAUGUGUUAUAAUAUCAAGGAAUGAGACUACAACGCCUUGUCAUCCUUCGCCAUGUGGUGAAAAUACGAUAUGCACUGUGGUGAACGAAGCAGCACGCUGUUCUUGUAUACCUCCUAAUAUUGGUAAUCCAUACGCAGGUGGAUGUCGACCUGAGUGUACAAUUAAUUCAGAUUGUCCCAACCAUCUCGCUUGUUUGUCCAACUACUGCCGUGAUCCAUGUAAGGAUCUAUGUGGAGUAAAUGCAGAGUGUAGUGUUACGAACCAUAUUCCAGUAUGUUCUUGCUUCAGAGAAUAUGAAGGUGACCCAUAUUCAUCAUGCCGUCCAACACUACAAACACCCGUAUACCAAAAUCCUUGUGAGCCAUCGCCCUGUGGACCGUAUAGUGAUUGCCAGGUGGUGAGCGAUAGAGCUGCCUGUUCGUGUCGAUCUGGAUACCUUGGUGCACCACCCGCUUGCCGACCAGAGUGUGCUGUUAAUUCAGACUGUCCAUCAAACAAAGCAUGCAUAAAUCUGAAAUGUAAAGAUCCGUGCAUUCACAGCUGUGGAUUAGAUGCCAGGUGUCAUGUUGUUGGCCAUAAUCCUAUUUGUACUUGUCCUGAAAACUUACCAGAAGGAGACCCGUUCAUAAGGUGCUAUAGAAAAUCUUUACCACCUGCAACUACAAACCCCUGCAUACCUUCACCGUGUGGUCCUCAUUCAACAUGUCGCAAUGAAGGCAAUCGCGCAAUUUGUGCUUGUGAGCCUGGUACGCUUGGCGCACCUCCAGGUUGCCGGCCACAGUGCAUCAUCAACCAAGACUGUCCACUGGCGCUUGCAUGUCUCGCUGGUACCUGCGUCAACCCAUGUGUUGGCUCCUGUGGGUUCAAUGCGAGAUGUAUUGUACAAAAUCAUCAACCGAUAUGUUCCUGCGACGACGGCUUCUCUGGUGAUCCAUUCGCAGGUUGCAGUCCUAUAGAAACCCAAAAAGAUGUUCCACCUCAACCAUGCAACCCAUCACCUUGUGGAUCUAAUGCAAUUUGUCGAGAAAGAAAUGGUGCUGGGGCAUGCACAUGCAUAGAUAAUUUUUACGGGGACCCUUAUUUGGGCUGUCGUCCAGAAUGCGUUAUGAAUUCUGACUGUGCCACAGACAAAUCGUGUUUCAAUAACAAAUGCGUGGACCCAUGUUCUGGCACCUGUGGACAAAAUGCUGAUUGUAGAGUUUCAAAUCAUGCACCUUCUUGUUAUUGCUUGCCUGGAUAUACUGGAAACCCUCUUCAUGCAUGUGUUCCUGUUAAAACUCCACUGGAACCUGUAGAUCCAUGUCAUCCUUCGCCUUGUGGACCUUAUAGCAAAUGUCGUACAUUUAACGGCCACGCUGUUUGUACCUGUCUUGAAUUAUGUAUCGGUUCUCCGCCAAACUGUCGACCUGAGUGUAUUGUUAGUUCCGAUUGUCGACCUGAUAAAGCAUGUAUCAAUCAAAAAUGUCAGGAUCCAUGUCCUGAUAUGUGUGGUUUGAAUGCUCAAUGUCAGGUAGUUAAUCAUAAUCCAAUUUGUAGUUGUUUAUCGGGAUACACUGGAGAUCCGUUUGACAGAUGUUUCGUUGAUGACAGACCGAUGACACCUAUUAAUUUGUGUCUUCCGAAUCCGUGUGGACCAAAUUCACAGUGUAGGGACAUAAAUGGAGUACCAGUAUGCUCUUGUGCUAAUAAUUAUAUUGGACGUCCCCCUAAUUGUAGACCCGAAUGCGUAAUGGAUGUUGAAUGUCCAGGAAACUUAGCAUGCAUAUCAGAGAAAUGUAGAGACCCGUGCCCCGGAUCAUGUGGAUUCCAUGCCUCAUGUAUUGUAAUCAAACACGUACCGAUUUGUACUUGUGAGUCGGGAUACACAGGAGAUCCUUUCUCAGGUUGCUCGGUUAUAUCACAUCGAGAACCACAAGAUGCUAGUCCUUGUGUCCUUUCGCCUUGCGGUGCUAACGCAAUAUGUAAAGAGAGAAAUGGUAUUGGGUCAUGUUCGUGUUUACCAGAUUAUUACGGUGACCCUUACGUUGAAUGCAGACCAGAAUGUGUAUUAAAUUCAGAUUGUCCGAAGACCAGAGCUUGUAUCCAUAAUAAGUGUGCUGAUCCAUGCCCCGGAGUAUGUGGGAUGAACGCAGAAUGUAGAGUUAACAACCAUGCUCCUUCCUGCGCAUGUUUACCUGGUUAUGACGGAAAUCCAUUUACUUCAUGUUACAUAAGACACAUGGAACCAGUUGACCCUUGUUUACCGUCUCCUUGUGGAGCUUAUAGUAUAUGUCGUGUCAGUGACGGGCAUGCAAUUUGUUCAUGUCAGGAACAAUAUUUUGGAUCUCCACCUUUCUGUCGUCCUGAAUGUAUGGUCAGUAGUGACUGUAUGCCACACAUGGCAUGUCUAAACCAAAAGUGCGUUGAUCCUUGCAUUGGAGCAUGCGGAAAUAAUGCAAAAUGUACAGUUGUCAACCAUAAUGCACUUUGCAGCUGUCCGAUGAAUUAUGUAGGAGAUCCAUUUACAUAUUGUGCAUAUGAAGAAAGGCCAAAACAGAGACCAUCUGGAAACCCAUGCAUACCGUCACCUUGUGGUCCAAAUUCCCAGUGCAGAGUAAUAGGAGAGACACCUGCUUGUUCUUGCCAGCCAGGAUACAUCGGAAGGGCACCGAACUGUCGCCCUGAAUGUAUAUACGAUGAGGAAUGCCCUAGUAAUCUUGCAUGUGUCCGUGAAAGGUGCAAUAGUCCUUGUGAAGGUUCUUGUGGUACCAACGCUGAGUGCAUUGUUAUUAAUCACAAAGCAGUAUGUCAUUGCCGAGAAGGAUAUAAUGGGGAUCCAUUUAGUGGAUGUCAUUUUAUUGUGACCGUACCAAGCGAGGAAGAAACAAAUCCAUGUAAUCCAUCACCUUGCGGUCCAAAUUCUGAAUGCAAAGAAAAGAAUAAUGCAGGAUCGUGUAUUUGCCAAGAGGGUUAUUUUGGUGAUCCAUACCUCGGCUGCCGACCGGAAUGUGUCACAAAUAAUGAUUGUCCGUUGAACAAAGCGUGUUCAAACAAUAAAUGUGUCGAACCAUGUCAAGGUGCAUGUGGAAUUAAUGCAUAUUGUACUGUAGCACAUCAUACACCAGUUUGCUUGUGUUUUGAAGGAUACGAAGGAAAUCCUGUUGUUUCAUGUCAUCCACAAAGAUCACCAUCACUAGCGGAUGUUAAUCCAUGCGUUCCAUCACCUUGUGGUCCUUAUAGCACUUGUAAAGAAUUUGAUGGUCAUGGCGUAUGUUCUUGUCAGGAAGGUUUUAUUGGUUCGCCACCUACAUGUAGACCAGAAUGCGUUAUAAGUACCGAUUGUGCACAACAUCAGGCAUGUAUUCGCCAAAAAUGCAGAGAUCCUUGUCCGGGGACAUGUGGCGUUAAUGCUCGCUGUCAAACUAUUAAUCAUAAUCCGAUUUGCACUUGCAAAGCUGGAUUUACUGGGGACCCAUUUACCGCAUGCCAGUUGGAACCAAAACCUAUGAUCAUGGGGCCUAAAGGAAAUCCAUGUGUGCCUUCACCAUGUGGUCCAUAUUCACAAUGUAAAGUAGUUGGAGAAGCGCCUGCAUGCUCUUGCUUACCGAAUUAUAUUGGAGUUGCUCCAAAUUGUAGACCGGAGUGCUCAAUCAAUGCUGAAUGCCCUGGUAAUCUUGCAUGUCAAAAUGAAAAAUGUGUAGAUCCUUGUCCGGGUUCUUGUGGUUUCAAUGCUGAAUGUACUGUAGCAAAUCAUGUCACUUUAUGUAAUUGCGUGCCAGGUUAUACUGGUGACCCAUUCAGUGGGUGUUCACCAAUCGAACACACGUCCCAACCACCACCAAAUCCAUGCCAUCCAUCACCAUGUGGAGCAAAUGCACUUUGUAAAGAGAGAAACGGAGUGGGAUCGUGCACGUGUUUACCAGAAUAUUUUGGAGAUCCGUAUACUGGAUGUCGACCGGAGUGUGUGUCAAAUUCAGAUUGUGAUCGUAACAAAGCAUGUUCUAAUAAUAAAUGCAAAGAUCCAUGCCCAGGAGCAUGCGGAAUUAACGCAGAAUGUCGAACGGUCAACCAUGCCCCAACAUGUACUUGUCUUAAUGGAUAUGUAGGCAACCCCUUAGUAAGAUGUAACGAAGAAGAUAAAUCGUUACCUCCAAUCGAUCCAUGUCAACCAUCCCCUUGUGGGCCUAAUAGCCUCUGCAGGGCAGUGAACGGUCAUAGUGUUUGCACUUGUGAAAUUGGUUAUAUUGGUACACCACCCACAUGUCGUCCAGAAUGCAUUGUCAGUUCCGAAUGCCCUCAAGACCAGGCGUGUGUCAAUAAAAAAUGCAUAAAUCCUUGUCCAAAUACAUGUGGCCUAAAUGCACGUUGUCAGGUGAUAACGCACAACCCAAUAUGCAGUUGCUCAGCCGGCUUUACAGGAGAUCCAUUCACCAGAUGUGAACCACAAAAACCAGACAUAAAUAAAGAUCCAUGUGUCCCGUCACCAUGUGGACCAAACUCAGAGUGUCGUGUUAUUGGUGAUCAAGCGGCCUGUUCCUGCCAGCCAAAUUAUAUAGGAAGAGUUCCUAAUUGCAGACCAGAAUGUACCAUUGAUGCGGAAUGUCCCAGUAAUACAGCCUGUGUGAAUGAACGUUGUAAAGAUCCUUGUCAGGGUGCUUGUGGUCUGAAUGCAUUAUGUUUGACUGUCAACCAUAGACCAAUAUGCAGUUGCCAACAAGGAUUCUCUGGAGAUGCAUCGCAAAACUGCAUUCCAAUAAUUAUGUCACCGACUGAAAUGACGACUUCAAGCCCCUGUUCGCCUUCACCAUGUGGGCCUAAUGCUGAAUGUCGUGAACAUAAUGGCGCUGGUGCAUGCGUCUGUUCUGAUGAUUAUGAAGGUGAUCCUUAUAGCCCGCAAGGCUGCCGUCGGGAAUGUGAAAGUAAUGAUGAUUGCGCUUUAAAUUUGGCUUGUACACGAUUCAAGUGCAUUGAUCCAUGUCCCAGAACUUGUGGCCAAUAUGCACAGUGUUCAGUUGAAAAUCAUAUUCCCGUUUGCACAUGUCCGAGAGGCUACUCAGGGGAUCCAUUCUUCCAGUGUAAAGAAAUCACUGUCGCUCCAACGCCAACUCCAAAUCCUUGUGAACCCACGCCUUGCGGACCCAAUAGUCAAUGUAGACAAGUAAAUAUGCAAGCUGUAUGUUCUUGUCUCCCUAACUAUGUGGGUUCACCACCUUCAUGCCGACCACAAUGUAUCGUAAACAGUGAAUGUGAUGCAUCAAAAGCUUGUAUUAACCAAAAAUGUGACGACCCGUGCCCUAAUACAUGUGGAUUGAGAGCCCAUUGUUUAGUUAAAAAUCAUAAUCCUAUAUGCACAUGUCCAGCCGGAAUGACUGGUGAUCCUUUCACCCAAUGUUAUCCUAUCGUAUUUGAACCCGAAAAGCCUUCUUGUACGCCAUCACCAUGUGGACCACACUCACGUUGUCAACUGCUGCCUAGUGGACCUGCUUGCUCAUGUUUACCGGGAUAUGUCGGCUCUCCACCUUCUUGCCGCCCCGAGUGCACAAUCAAUUCAGAAUGCCCAGCUUCAAUGGCAUGUGUAAGACAAAAAUGUGAAGAUCCAUGCCCAGGAUCUUGUGGAAUUGAUGCUAACUGCCAUGUUUUGAAUCAUGUAGCGGUUUGUGUUUGCAAUGAUGGAUACACCGGAGAUCCAUUUUCGAGAUGUCAACCAAUAAUUGAAGCUCCAACGACCCCAUCAUACGCAGAUGCAUGUAACCCUUCACCUUGUGGACCAAAUGCACAAUGUGACAAUGGAAUAUGCACAUGUUUAGCCGACUACAGUGGAAAUCCCUAUGAGUCAUGUCGACCCGAAUGUACAGGAAGUCAAGAAUGCCCUAGAGAUAAAGCUUGUUUCCGAAACAAAUGUCGUGACCCUUGUCCAGGAGUCUGUGGACAAAAUGCUAAAUGUGAUGUUAUUAAUCAUAUACCAAGUUGCUCAUGUUUGACAGAUUAUACAGGAAAUCCAUUUACUUACUGUAGUGAGAUAGUACACGAUAAACAGAUACCAAGAGAUCCCUGUCACCCUUCACCAUGCGGCCCAAACAGUAUAUGUAGAACAAGCGACAACACAGCAGUUUGUGCUUGUGUAGAAGGAUUCCAAGGGUCUCCACCAUCGUGCAGACCCGAAUGCGUUGUUAGCUCUGAAUGUCCAUCUACGAAAGCUUGUGUGAAUCAAAAAUGUAUAAAUCCAUGUAUUAACGCUUGUGGGAUAUCAGCGCGCUGUGAAGUAAUAAACCAUAGUCCAAUUUGCAGUUGUAAUCCAGGAGAAACUGGAGAUCCAUUCAAGAGUUGUCACAUUUUUGAAAAUCCUCAACCGCCAGUAGAUGCUUGUAAUCCUACACCAUGUGGACCAAAUUCAUUAUGUGUAGAACGGAAUGGUAAAGCAAACUGCAGAUGUAUUGAUAACUAUAUCGGACAACCACCAAACUGCAGACCGGAAUGUGUUAUCAAUCCAGAUUGUCCAUCUAAUCAAGCGUGCAUUAAAAAUAAAUGUGUCGACCCAUGUCCUGGUUCCUGCGGUGUAAAUGCAGAUUGUAUAGUUGUCAGUCAUACCGUUUCUUGCAUUUGUAGAGAGAAGUACACUGGCAAUCCCUUCCUACAAUGCAUUCUUAAAGAAGAAAAUGAACCACGGCCAUGUGAUCCAUCACCGUGUGGUGCUAAUGCAAUUUGUAAUCAAAGAGAUGGUAUUGGAUCUUGUUCUUGUUUAGAAGGAUACCACGGCAAUCCAUAUGAAAGUUGUAGACCAGAGUGUGUACUUAGUUCUGACUGUUCAGCUGAUAAAUCGUGUAUUAGAAAUAAAUGCGCUGACCCAUGUCCAGGAAUUUGCGGCACCAAUUCUGAAUGUACAGUAAUCAAUCAUGUGCCUACUUGCGCAUGUUCUAAAGGAUAUUCAGGAAAUCCUUUCGUACAGUGUACCAAAGAUAUUCCAAUACCAGAGUCUAGACCGUGCCAACCAUCACCUUGUGGACCUAAUAGUAUAUGCAGAGAGAGUAGUGGAUUAGCAUCGUGUGAAUGUCUCCCAGAUUACAUUGGCGCACCGCCUGAUUGUCGACCUGAAUGCACAGUAAGCAGUGAAUGUCCGCCAGAUCGAGCAUGUCAUAAAUUAAAGUGUGCUGAUCCUUGUCGGGGGACCUGUGGUAUAGGUGCCCAUUGUCAAGUGGUUAAUCACAGUCCGUUAUGUAGUUGCCCUGUUGGUACAAGUGGAGACCCAUUUACGAGAUGCUUUGAAAGGGAAACAGUUGUGAAACAAGAUGACACUCCACCAAUUAAUCCAUGUCAACCAAAUCCUUGUGGUCCAUACAGUGAAUGUCGCCCAAUAAAUAACAGCCCAUCUUGUUCUUGUAGUCAGGGAUAUACAGGCGCGCCACCUAAUUGCCACCCUGAAUGUCUAGUAAAUACAGAUUGUCCAUCACAACAAGCAUGCAUUGCAGAAAAGUGUCGAAAUCCUUGUGAAGGUUCUUGUGGAUUUAGAGCUGACUGCAGGGUUCAUGAUCAUAUUCCAAUAUGCAGCUGUCCAACAGGUUACUCCGGUGACCCUUUCAUACAAUGUUCAAAAAUUCUCGCUAUACCCACGCCACCAAGAGACGCAUGUAACCCUAAUCCAUGUGGAAGCAAUGCAUUAUGCGAUGCAGGCACUUGCAAGUGUUCUCCCGGCUAUUUCGGCGAUCCAUACUUAGCUUGUCGCCUGGAAUGUUCUACAAAUGGUGAAUGCUCUCCUACUCGCUCUUGUCAGGGGGGGAAAUGUAUUGAUCCUUGUCCCGCUUGCGGAACAAAUGCAAUAUGUUCAGUAAAUAAUCAUAUUCCUUCAUGCACCUGUCCACCAAAUACAUCAGGGGAUCCGUUUUCGUUCUGCACACAAAUAGAAAGAAGAGACGAAACUCCCUGCUCACCUUCACCAUGUGGACCGUUUAGCGAAUGCACAGUAAGUGCAAACGGUGCUGCCGCAUGUUCUUGUCGAGCAGGUCAUAUAGGCUCUCCUCCAUCGUGUCGUCCAGAAUGUCUAGUCAGUUCAGAAUGUAAAUUGCAAUUGGCUUGUAUUGAUCGCCGCUGCCGUGAUCCUUGCGAAGGUGCGUGCGGACGCGACGCACGUUGUCAAGUUAUAGCACAUUCACCUAUAUGUACAUGUAACGAUGGUUAUACUGGCGAUCCAUUUAUAUAUUGCUAUCCGGCUCCAGCACUUCCUCCAGCGCCAGUGGAUGCAUGCCAGCCAUCGCCAUGCGGGCCAAACUCAAUAUGUAUUAACUCAGGCGAGACCCCUGCCUGCAGUUGUCAACCCGGAUUUAUUGGCGCUCCACCAAAUUGUCGACCUGAAUGUACAAUCAGCGCUGAAUGCCCAGCAGUUCUCGCUUGCGUAAAUCAACGCUGUAGAAAUCCAUGUGAACAAGCUUGUGGACAGCGCGCUAUAUGCACUGUGGUGGAUCACAGAGCAUCAUGUGCCUGUGAACCAGGUUACGCGGGUGAUCCAUUCCAGGGCUGUUCCCCGACAAAAGCUCCACCGAAGAUUGAAUACUUAAACCCAUGUGAGCCCUCUCCUUGUGGUGUUAAUGCUGUUUGUAGAGUAGACGGAAAUGCUGGAUCAUGUACUUGUUUACCGGAUUACUUUGGGGAUCCUUACCAAGGUUGCAGGCCUGAAUGUUUGACUGAUUCAGACUGUUCUUUGGUUUCCUCUUGCAAUAGAAACAAAUGUAUUGACCCAUGUCCCGGUGUAUGCGGAUAUGAUGCCGAAUGUUACGUUUCCAAUCACAAACCUUCUUGUACCUGCAAAUCUGGAUAUACAGGAAAUCCAUUAACUUCAUGUUACAUCAUACGAGAUAAAGACGUUUCAGUUAUUAAUGUUUGUAAACCUAGUCCUUGUGGUACUAAUGCAAUCUGUAAAGAAGUAAAUGGCCAACCGGUGUGUUCCUGUAUAUCGAAUUAUAUUGGAUCUCCACCAAAUUGUAAACCAGAAUGUGUAGUAAAUUCAGAGUGUAAACCAAAUAAAGCCUGUAUAAAUCAGAGAUGUGUAAAUCCCUGUCCUAAACCUUGUGGACAAAACUCGGAAUGUAAAGUUAUUAACCACAGCCCGGUUUGUUCGUGUCGGCUGGGAUAUUCAGGAGAUCCGUUUACUAAGUGUACUUUAGCUUUAUCUACAUCUCCUAUUGAAACAGAACCAUCAGAUCCAUGUAUGCGUUCGCCAUGUGGAUUAUAUGCCGAAUGCCGCAAUAAUAAUGGACUAGCAGCGUGCUCUUGUUUACCAUCAUAUGUCGGCUCUCCUCCAUUUUGCAAACCAGAAUGUGUAGUUCAUUCAGAUUGUCCGAACGACCAAGCCUGCAUAGCGGAAAAAUGUAGGGAUCCAUGUAAAGGAUCAUGUGGACUAUUUGCUCGUUGCUUUGUGAAUAACCAUGUAGCUGUAUGCCUUUGUCCUGAAGACUUCACCGGUGAUCCAUUUAAGGAAUGCAUUCGCAAGCCAAUAUUAGAAGAUAACACGCUCUCAAGUUCUUUUGAUCCGUGCGUUCCCAGUCCUUGUGGUUCAAAUUCUUUAUGCAAUAAAGGAAAAUGCACUUGUAGAGAAGGUUAUCAUGGCGAUCCAAACGUUGGAUGUAGGCCAGAAUGUCUGUAUAAUACAGACUGUCCAUUUGAUAAGAGUUGCCAACGCAACAAGUGUGUAAAUCCAUGCAUUGGAACUUGCGGCAGCAACGCAAUAUGUGAUGUAAUUAAUCACAUUCCGAUGUGUACUUGUCCUAUAGGCAUGAAUGGGAAUGCGUUUGUGGAAUGUCGCUAUACCCAUGCUAUAGAACAAAAUCCAUGUAACCCAACACCAUGUGGGCCCAAUAGUCAAUGUCGUCAAUCAAAUGGACAAGCCGUUUGUUCAUGUAUCCCCGGAUAUAGAGGAAGCCCGCCAACAUGUCGACCUGAAUGUAUUAUUAGUUCAGAAUGUCCGCUUCAAGAAGCUUGUAACAAUCAAAAAUGUUCAAAUCCAUGCGUUGGUGCAUGUGGGUCAGGUGCCAUAUGUGAGGUUAUUAAUCAUAAUCCAAUUUGUACUUGCCCACCAUCUUUUACGGGUGAUCCAUUUGUUAGAUGCAAUAUUAAAGAAAUAACAAGGCCUCAACAAAAUCCUUGUGAACCAUCUCCUUGUGGACCACACUCUAUCUGCAAGAUUAUUGGAGAAAGCCCACUAUGCGCUUGUAUGCCAGAAUUUAAAGGAUCUCCUCCAAACUGUCGACCAGAAUGUAUAAGUAACAGUGAAUGCGAUUUUAAUUUGGCAUGUCUAAAUAAAAAGUGCUCAGAUCCAUGUAUUGGUUCUUGUGGUGCUAAUGCAGAAUGUAGAGUUGUAAGUCAUGCGCCUAUGUGCAUAUGCAAAGGAGGAUAUACAGGAGAUCCUUUUUCAUAUUGUAGUCCGACGCCAGUUAUGGAUUCUUUGGAGAUGUUAACGCCUUGCAGUCCUAAUCCAUGUGGAUCUAACGCUGUUUGUAGAGAGCAAAAAGGGGUCGGCGCUUGUCAAUGUUUAGAAGGCUAUUCUGGAAACCCAUACGAAGGGUGUCGACCUGAAUGUGUUAUUAAUUCAGAUUGCCCACUUAACAGAGCAUGUUCAAGGUUAAAAUGCAUUGAUCCAUGUCCUGGAACAUGUGGAUCAAAUGCUUUGUGCCAAGUUAAUAAUCACGUGCCUACGUGCAUUUGUCAAGAAGGAUAUACUGGAAAUCCAUUUAAAUUCUGUGCCGUGAUGCAAGAACCUCAAAUUUUCGAAUCAAAUCCAUGCAGUUCAUCGCCCUGUGGAGCAAAUAGUCAAUGCAAAGAAAUUAACAACCAAGCAAUAUGUUCAUGUUUGCCAAACUUUGUUGGGGCUCCACCUAACUGCCGCCCUGAAUGUGUCGUCAGCUCUGAAUGUCCAUCACAUUUAGCUUGUGAUAAUCAAAAGUGUACAAAUCCAUGCACUGGAACAUGCGGGGAAAAUUCUAAUUGUAAUGUGAUUAACCAUAGUCCCAUAUGUAUAUGUAAACAAGGUUUGACUGGAAAUCCAUUCACUAGAUGUUAUCCCAUGAAAGUAUCAGAACCGCCCCAAAAUACACCAAGAGAUCCAUGCAUUGCUUCGCCAUGUGGAUUAUAUGCUGAAUGUCGCAACGUGGGGGGCGCUCCAUCAUGUGCUUGUAAAUUAAAUUAUAUAGGAAAUCCACCAAACUGUAGACCCGAAUGCACAAUCAAUUCUGAAUGUUCUAGCAUUCAUGCCUGCAUUAAUGAAAAAUGUCGAGACCCCUGUCCCGGGGCGUGCGGGCUUAAUGCCCAAUGUACUGUAUUUAACCAUAUUGCACAAUGCAGCUGCAUUGAACGUUACACUGGUGACCCAUUUACUCGUUGUACUCCAAUGUCGAUCGAAGCAGAUUUUACCGAAUCUGAUCCAUGUUAUCCAUCUCCGUGUGGCCCCAAUGCACAUUGCAGUGAUGGUGUGUGCACGUGUUUACCAGAAUAUCAAGGAGAUCCUUACGUGGGAUGUCGCCCCGAAUGCUUAACUAGUACUGAUUGCCCCCACAAUAAAGCAUGUUUAAAAAAUAAGUGCAUUGAUCCUUGUAUCGGCACCUGCGGAAGAGAAGCAAUAUGCAGAGUCUAUAACCAUAUACCGUCAUGUUCAUGCCCAGAAGGUUUUAUUGGAAAUGCUUUCUUAGAAUGCAGGAAGAACAAAGUUUUUGAAGUAAUAAAUCCAUGCAGUCCAUCACCGUGUGGCCCCAAUAGCCAAUGUCGUGAAAUCAAUGGGCAAGCUAUUUGUUCAUGCAUAGCUGGAUAUAUUGGUGCACCGCCAACAUGCAGACCCGAAUGUGUCUCUAGCGCAGAAUGUGCUCUUAAUAGGGCAUGUUCAAAUCAACGCUGUAUUGAUCCUUGCAGUGGUAACUGUGGAGCUUCCGCACACUGUCAAGUCAUCAAUCACAAUCCAAUUUGCUCUUGCCCGGCCGGCUACACCGGAGAUCCGUUCAAAAGAUGCAUUAUAGAAGAAUCACAAGAUUUACCAUAUAUAAAUCCGUGUGAACCCUCUCCUUGUGGUCCAAACUCAGAGUGCAAAGAAAUAGGUGGCUCGCCAUCCUGUGCAUGUUUGAGUGAUUUUAUUGGUAGCCCACCUUAUUGUAAACCAGAAUGUAUAGCAAACUCUGAAUGUCCCAACCACUUCGCAUGUAUUAAUAAUAAAUGUAAAGAUCCAUGCCCUGGUUCUUGUGGCACAGGGGCUGAAUGUAGAGUAAUAAGUCAUGGCCCGCAAUGUUUAUGUCCGUCAGGGUUCACAGGUGAUCCGUUCAUCAGAUGUGUUGUUAUGAAUAUUCCACUUACACCUUGUUCUCCCUCACCGUGUGGAUCAAACGCGAUUUGCAAAGAACAAAGAGGAGCUGGAGCAUGUGUAUGCUUGCCAGAAUAUAUCGGAAAUCCUUAUGAAGGAUGUCGACCAGAAUGUGUAGUUGACUCAGACUGUGCUAGCAACUUGGCUUGUAUUCAGAAUAAAUGUCAGAAUCCAUGUAACAACAUUUGUGGACGUAAUGCCGUAUGUAAUGUCGUCAAUCAUAUGCCAAGAUGCGAAUGUCUACCAGGAUUAAUCGGAAACCCAAACCAAAACUGUUAUGAACAAAUAAAUGAUACUCCCACGAUCCAGAGACAACCUUGCUUGCCCUCACCGUGUGGUCAAAACAGCAUAUGUAAAGUAUUUAACAAUCAAGCUGUUUGUACAUGUCUGCCAGAAUUUAUAGGAACACCACCAGCUUGUAGACCUGAAUGCCUUGUUAGCUCUGAGUGUAAUCAGCAACAGGCAUGUAUACGCCAAAAAUGUAGAAAUCCGUGCGAAGGGGUGUGCGGGCAAAAUGCAGAGUGUAAGGUUGUAAAUCACAGCCCAAUUUGUACCUGCCGAUUGAGGUAUACAGGUGAUCCGUUUAGCCGCUGCUAUGAAAUAUCAGUAGCAGAUGUUGUGACAAUAAAUCCAUGUUUGCCAUCGCCUUGUGGUCCAUUUUCACAAUGUCGAGAUAUAAAUGGUUCUCCGACUUGUUCAUGUUUACCCCAAUAUACUGGUAGUCCACCGAAUUGUCGACCUGAGUGCACUUUGAACACUGAUUGCCCCACCGAUAUGGCUUGUAUUAAUGAGCGAUGCGUUGAUCCUUGUCCCGGCUCGUGUGGCAUAAACGCUGAAUGUAGAGUGCAAAAUCAUUAUUCAAUAUGCAUUUGCUUUGAUGGCUAUAUUGGUGAUCCGUUCACAAUUUGUUCUUUGAAACCUCAGAUGGAUCCAGAACCACAAAAUCCGUGUAACCCUUCACCAUGUGGAUCAAACGCAGUUUGUAACAACGGAAUUUGCACGUGUAUCCCUGAAUAUCAAGGUGACCCCUACUUUGGUUGUCGACCUGAGUGCACAAUUAGUUCAGAAUGCCCAAUAGAUGAAGCGUGUGUAAGGAACCACUGUAUUGAUCCCUGCCUAAGUGGCACCUGCGGUGUGAACGCUCUUUGUCAAGUGGUUAAUCAUAUGGCUAUAUGUAUAUGUCCAACGAAAACUACAGGCAAUGCUUUCAUCCGGUGUGAUCCUAUUAAAGAAAUGGUUUCAAUCGAUCCUUGCCAACCGAGCCCAUGUGGUCCCAAUAGUCAAUGUAGAGUUAUUAAUAGUCAAGCAGUGUGUUCCUGUCUAAGUGGAUACCGAGGCGCACCACCAACAUGCCGGCCUGAAUGUGUUGCAAGUUCUGAAUGUCCACCAAAUAAAGCGUGCAGUAAUCAAAAGUGUACUGACCCUUGUCGAGGAGCGUGUGGUGUAGCAGCAACAUGUCAAGUUGUAAAUCACAACCCACUAUGUUCUUGUCCAUCAGGACUGACUGGAGAUCCAUUUACAAGAUGUCUAUCUAUCCCAAUACAACAGCCUACAGAUCCUUGCCAACCAUCUCCAUGUGGACCGAAUUCUAUUUGUCAACUAACUGGAGGAGAAAUCCCAACAUGCCAAUGCAUGCCAGAUUUCAUCGGGGUACCUCCGAAUUGCCGCCCAGAGUGUGUAUCUAAUAGUGAAUGUGCACCUAAUAAGGCUUGCAUUAAUAAAAAGUGUCAAAAUCCUUGCGCACAAGCCUGUGGUUUGAAUGCUGAAUGUCAUGUCGUCAGUCAUGUACCAAUGUGCAUAUGCCCCGACGGCUUCCGUGGAGAUGCUGCUAUACAGUGCAUCAUGAAUAUUGAAAUAAUGCCUGCAGAGCCACUUUCCCCAUGCACACCAACCCCAUGUGGUCCAAAUGCCGAAUGUCGAGAACUCGCUAGUGCCGGCGCUUGUUCUUGUUUAACUGGUUACUUUGGUAACCCGUACGAAGGUUGUCGUCCAGAAUGCUUGGUAAAUUCGGAUUGCACCAGUGAUAAAGCGUGCACAAGAAAUAAAUGUGUUAAUCCUUGUCCAGGCACUUGCGCUGCGUUUGCUGAAUGUACAGUGGUAAAUCAUUCACCUCUUUGUACUUGUCAAAAAGAUUACACUGGUGACCCCUACAGGCAAUGCUCUAAAAUAGCUAUUUUAUACAUCAACCCUACGCCGUGUGAACCUUCUCCGUGUGGGCCAAACAGUCAGUGCCGAAUAUCAAAUGGUCAAAGUGUCUGCUCUUGCGCUCCUAAUUAUGCAGGAACACCCCCUAACUGCAGGCCAGAAUGUGUUGUGAGCACAGAAUGUGCCACGGACAAAAUGUGCAAGAAUCAGAAAUGUGUUUCUUCGUGUCCUGGUCCAUGUGGUAUUAAUACCGAUUGCAGAGUCAUCAAUCACAGUCCUAUAUGUACAUGUCAGGCAAGACAUACAGGAGAUCCAUUUUCCAGGUGUAGUUUAAUUAAAGCUCCAGUCGUAGUUCCACAAGACGAAAGAGAUCCAUGUGUUCCUUCACCCUGCGGCCCCUAUUCUGAAUGUAAAAACUAUCGCGGUAUACCAUCGUGUACCUGCCUCCCUAAUUUCGAAGGGAGCCCGCCUAAUUGUAGACCAGAGUGUACCAUAAAUGAAGACUGUGCCAGUAAUCUCGCCUGUUUGAACCAAAAAUGUAGAGAUCCUUGCCCCGGUUCAUGCGGGAUUAAUGCAAACUGUCAAGUUAUAACUCACGUCUCUGUAUGCACAUGUUUUGAUGGUUAUUCUGGUAAUGCAUUUACGCAAUGUAAUCUAAUACCACAGAAAGACCAAGAUGAUCCUUGUAAUCCGUCGCCAUGCGGAUCUAAUGCCGAAUGUUUCAAUGGCCAGUGUAGCUGCAUACUAGAGUUCCAUGGUGAUCCGUAUACUGAAUGUCGCCCAGAGUGUGUGCAAAGUUCUGAAUGUGACCGUAACAAAGCAUGCAUACGCAAUAAAUGUCAAGAUCCUUGUCCUGGCACGUGUGCUACAAACGCGGAUUGUAACGUGGUAAACCAUGUACCGAUGUGUACUUGUCCUGAAAGAAUGACAGGAAAUGCAUUUUUAGAAUGUAGACCGGUAACUGAAUUAAGUUCUACAAAUCCAUGUCAACCUUCUCCGUGUGGUCCAAAUAGUCAGUGCAGAGAAGUGAACGGUCAAGCUGCUUGUUCAUGUGCACCUAAUUAUAUUGGCAUCCCUCCCGUUUGCCGACCAGAAUGUACCAUAAGUGCAGAAUGUCCUCUGAAUCAAGCUUGCAGUAACCAACGAUGUAUAAAUCCAUGUAAAGGUUCUUGUGGUAUCAAUGCUGAAUGCAAAGUAGUAAACCACAAUCCAAUUUGUACAUGUCCAUACUCCGGUGAUCCAUUUGCACGAUGCUUCAAAUUACCUGAAAGACAACCGGAGCCUUUAAGACCAUGUACUCCCUCUCCUUGUGGACCAAAUUCUUUAUGUAGAGAAAUUAAUGAAACACCAACAUGCACGUGUUUAGAUGGUUAUCAAGGACAACCUCCUUACUGCAGACCUGAAUGUAACAAUAACGAAGAAUGUUCUAUGCAUUUAUCUUGUAUAAAUAUGAAAUGUAAAAAUCCAUGUGAAGCCGCAUGUGCUUCAAAUGCAGAAUGUAGAGUUGUAAGCCACUCGCCUAUUUGUUUAUGUCCUGUUGGAUUUACUGGAGAUCCAUUUUUUGACUGUGUGCCAGAACCUACAUACUCAAAUCAAAUCACAACUCCAUGUUCUCCAUCGCCAUGUGGAACAAAUGCUAUAUGUAAAGAAAAAAAUGAUGCUGGGUCUUGCACAUGUGUGGAAGGUUUUAUUGGAAACCCAUAUGAAGGCUGUAGACCAGAAUGUGUCGUCAAUACGGAUUGUGCCUCAAAUAUGGCUUGUCUUAAUAGUAAAUGUACAGACCCUUGCCCUGGCAGCUGCGGUACAAAUGCUCUAUGUCAAGUUGUAUCACAUACUCCACUAUGUACUUGCUUAAAUAGUUAUACUGGUGAUCCAUUCCGAUACUGCGUUUAUCAAGAAUCAACUCCGCCGACUACACUAAUUGACGUAUGUUAUCCAUCACCCUGUGGACCUAACAGCCAGUGCAGAUCUGUUAACGAUCAAGCAGUAUGUUCUUGCUUAGCAGACUAUGUGGGCACUCCUCCAAAUUGCCGCCCAGAAUGUAUACUAAGCUCAGAUUGUCCGCAUGAUAAAGCUUGUAUCAAGAAUAAAUGCACUAAUCCAUGUCCAAAACCUUGCGGUGCAAACACCAAUUGUAAAGUGAUUAAUCACAGCCCAAUAUGUUCUUGCAAAGAAUCUUUUACUGGAGAUCCAUUUACAACGUGUGCAGUAGCGCCAGUUGAGGCUCCGCCAGAAUCUAAAAACCCAUGCAUUCCCUCUCCAUGUGGUCCUAACGCAGAAUGUAGGGAAAUAGGCAAUACACCUUCUUGUACGUGUUUACCAACAUUCAUAGGAAGUCCUCCGAACUGCAGGCCCGAAUGCAUCAUACAUUCUGAUUGCCCAAGUAACCGUGCUUGUUUGAAUUCUAAAUGUCAAGAUCCAUGUCCAGGCUCGUGUGGCAUAUCUACAACUUGUAGUGUAUUCAACCAUAUACCGAUUUGUUCUUGCAUAGAGGGAUAUGUUGGUGAUCCAUUUACAGGUUGUAAACUAAAACCCCUCGAAGUGGAGCCCGCAGUCGUGGAUGCUUGUACUAAUAUCCGCUGUGCACCAAAUGCUGAAUGUAUCAAUGGCCAGUGCCAAUGUUUGCAAGAAUAUCAAGGCGAUCCAUAUUUUAACUGCCAUCCUGAAUGUGUAUUUAAUACAGACUGUAAUCAAAAUAAAGCUUGUUUACAAGGAAAAUGUAUUGAUCCUUGUAUUGGUGUCUGUGGACAAAAUGCUGUUUGCCAAGUAUUUAACCACAUACCAAUGUGUAGUUGUCAACCUGGAUUUACCGGAAAUGCAUUUGUGAUUUGUAACAGAGUAAUAGCUCCUCCCACGGGACACCCGUGCAGUACUGCGGUGUGCGGACCAAAUAGUCAAUGCCGUGAAAUUAAUAACCAGGCUGUCUGUUCAUGUCUUCCAAAUUAUCUUGGAAUUCCACCAGCAUGUAGACCAGAAUGUGUGUCUAGUUCCGAGUGUCCACAAAACCAAGCCUGUAUGAACCAAAAAUGUGUAAAUCCAUGUAUUGGCACAUGUGGAAUUAGAGCAACAUGUAAAGUUGUCAAUCACAAUCCUAUUUGCUCGUGUCCAUCAUCUUAUUCUGGAGAUCCAUUCUUGGAAUGUCAAUUACUAUCAAAUUUGCCUCCGAUAUCUGUAAAUCCUUGUCAGCCGUCACCAUGUGGUCCCAAUUCGAUUUGUAAUGACAUCAAUGGAUCUCCUUCAUGUACUUGCUUCCCGGAAUUUAAAGGACAACCUCCUUAUUGCAAACCAGAGUGCAUAAGUAAUAGCGAAUGUUCUCCACAUUUAGCCUGUAUCAACAAAAAAUGCCAAGAUCCUUGUGCUGGAGCAUGCGCUGCGGAUGCUGAUUGUCGAGUAGUAAGUCAUACUGCAAUGUGUAUAUGUCCACCAGGAUAUACAGGUGAUCCAUUUACAAAAUGUCUGCGACGACCGCAAAUAGAAUUUUUGACACCAUGUUCACCAUCUCCAUGUGGACCCAAUGCUGUGUGUCGCGAGCAAAAUAAAGUAGGAUCUUGCACUUGUAAUGACGGAUACUUUGGAAAUCCUUAUGAAGGUUGCCGUCCCGAGUGUAUCAGUAACUCAGAUUGUCUAGGAAAUAGAGCAUGUAUUGGAAAUAAAUGUCAAGAUCCAUGCCCCGGUACUUGUGGCAUUAAUGCUGAGUGUACGACAGUAAAUCAUGCACCAAUUUGUAAUUGUGUAUCAGGAUUCACUGGGGACGCUUUCCGCAGAUGCAACCCUGUUGCAAUUGAAAAUAUUUCUACUAACCUCUGCAAUCCCAGUCCAUGUGGACCUAAUAGCCAAUGCAAGGAAGUCAAUAAUCAAGCAGUAUGUACUUGUUUGCCAAACUAUAUGGGACAACCACCUUUCUGUAGGCCAGAAUGUUUAUUGAAUUCGGACUGUACAUCUGAUAAAGCAUGCAUUAAACAAAAAUGCAUUAAUCCCUGUCCAAAGCCAUGUGGUCAAAAAUCUGAAUGCAGGGUUUAUAAUCACAACCCAAUUUGCAGUUGUAGACAUGGGUUUAUAGGAGAUCCCUUUACAAGAUGUUAUCCAAAACCAGAACCGCAACCAGUUGUAAACGACGAUCGUGAUCCAUGUGUACCAUCACCUUGUGGAGCAAAUGCUUUAUGCCGCAAUAUAGGAGGCCAACCAUCGUGUUCCUGCUCCAUUGGCUACUAUGGCAGUCCACCAAACUGCCGACCCGAAUGUGUUACAAACCAGGACUGUAUAAGUUCCUUGGCAUGCAUAAGGGAGAAGUGUGUAGAUCCUUGCCCAGGAUCGUGUGGUCUUAACGCUCGAUGUACAGUUAUCAAUCACGUGUCAAUCUGCACUUGCCCAAAAGGAUACAGAGGAGAUCCAUUUACCACUUGUAUAUUUGAGCCAAAGCCAGAUAUAAUGAGUAUAGACGCGUGCAAUCCUUCUCCAUGUGGAUCAAAUACAGAAUGCAAAAAUGGAGAAUGUAAAUGUUUGCCAGAGUUUCAUGGUGAUCCAUAUGUGGGUUGCCGACCCGAAUGUAUUGUAAGCACAGAUUGUCAAACGACCCAAAUCUGUGUAAGGAAAAAGUGUGUCAAUCCAUGCCCGGAGACGUGUGGCAGCGGUGCAAUUUGCGAAGUCGUCAACCAUAUUCCGAUGUGUAGCUGUCCUGUCGGCUACACCGGUAACGCAUUCGUGACGUGUAAUGUCGUUUCAGAAUUUGCAGGUGGAACUGCAAAUCCUUGUAAUCCAAGCCCAUGCGGACCCAACAGCCAAUGUCACGAAAUUAACAAUAUACCAGUAUGUUCCUGUAUACCUGGCUAUUCAGGAUCUCCACCUACUUGUCGUCCUGAAUGCACGACCAGCUCAGAGUGCCCACUAUAUAAAGCCUGCAGUAAUUACAAAUGCAUCAACCCUUGCCAUGGCGCAUGUGGCUUUAAAGCACUAUGUGAGGUUGUUAAUCAUAAUCCAAUUUGUUCUUGUCCAAGUGACCUUACUGGAGAUCCAUUCAGAGGAUGUGUUCCAAAACCUUUAGAAACCCCUCAACAAAUAAAUCCAUGUGUACCAUCGCCUUGCGGUCCCAAUUCAGAGUGUAAAACAAUUAAUAAUUCUCCAAGUUGCUCUUGCAUGCCAGAAUUCAUUGGAGCUCCGCCCAACUGCCGCCCAGAAUGUUCCAGUAAUAGUGAAUGUCUCAACCAUAUGGCGUGUAUCAACAAUAAAUGUAGCGACCCUUGCGUUGGAGCAUGUGGUUCAAUGACGCUGUGUCGAGUUGUCAGCCACACUCCUAACUGUGUUUGCUCCCCGGGAUACAUUGGAGAUCCUUUUACAUACUGUACACUAGAACAACAAAGUUUACCGUCUCACAGACCAACUCCUUGUACUCCAUCACCUUGUGGAAGCAACGCAAUUUGUACCGAAAGGAAUAAUGCUGGGGCAUGUGCUUGUUCGCCUGGAUAUUUCGGGAAUCCUUACGAAGGCUGUAGACCAGAAUGUAGUGUUAACACUGACUGUCCAUCUAACAGAGUUUGCCAACAAAACAAAUGUCAGGAUCCUUGUCCCGGUACCUGUGGUAAUAAUGCUCAAUGCCAAACUGUAAAUCAUGUACCAAUUUGUACAUGUGUAUCUGGAUAUACCGGUAACCCAUUCCAGCAAUGCAACAUUCUCUUACAAGAACCUGUAUUUUCUGAUCCUUGUACACCAUCACCAUGUGGCGCAAACAGUGCAUGCAAAUUAAUAAAUGAGCAAGCUGUGUGUAGUUGUUUACCAGAAUAUAGUGGAUCGCCACCGAAUUGUAGACCAGAAUGUGUCAUAAGUUCUGAGUGUCCUAGAAAUAGAGCAUGUGAAUCUCAGAAAUGUGUUGAUCCUUGUGUUGGACAAUGUGGACAAAAUACCAAAUGUCAAGUGAUUAAUCAUAGUCCGAUAUGCUCAUGUAUGGAGAGGUACACAGGUGAUCCAUUCAGCCGAUGUUACCCUCUAAUAAUCACAAGCCAAGAAACUCCAAAAGACCCUUGCUUACCAUCACCCUGUGGUCCGUACAGUGAAUGUCGGGACAUUGGCGGAAUUCCGUCAUGUUCAUGUCAGUCCAGAUAUAUAGGUGCACCUCCAAGAUGUCGUCCCGAAUGUACAAUCAAUUCCGACUGUUCCAGUAACCUGGCAUGUAUUAAUCAACGUUGUCAAGAUCCUUGUCCAGGCUCAUGCGGAAUAAACGCACAGUGUACAGUGAAUAAAAACACACCUAUCUGUACUUGUAUUCAAAACUACAUUGGUGACGCUUUCACCGAAUGUAAACUACCAGACAUUCAAGAAGACGAAGUUGAUCCUUGUUAUCCUUCACCAUGCGGAGCUAACGCUGAAUGCAACAAUGGAGUAUGUUCUUGUCUUUCUGAGUAUCAAGGAAAUCCAUACAUUGAAUGUCAUCCCGAAUGUAUACUUAAUUCGGAUUGCAGUCAAGACAAAGCUUGCCAAAAACACAAAUGUAUUAAUCCUUGCAAUAGAGGUAUAUGUGCUGCAAAUGCGAUAUGUGAAGUAAUAAAUCAUAUUCCAAUGUGUAGAUGUCCUGAACAUAUGACUGGAAACGCAUUUGUUCAAUGUUCACCUGUAGAAGUUACAAGACCACGGCCAUGUCUGCCCAGUCCUUGUGGACCCAACAGUCAAUGUCGUGAUGUAAAUGGACAGGCAGCUUGUUCCUGCCUUCCAGAUUUUAUUGGAAGCCCGCCAUCUUGUAGACCAGAAUGUAUUAUUAGCUCUGAUUGCCCGCCAAGUGAAGCUUGUAGCAAUAGAAAAUGUUUAAAUCCGUGCCAAGGUACCUGCGGAGUUGGAGCUAUGUGUCAAGUUAUUAAUCACAAUCCUAUAUGUUCAUGUCCAUCUUCGUAUACUGGAAAUCCAUUUGUCAGAUGUAUUCUACAACAGUAUGAACCAGAAUCUGCGAGUCCUUGUGUGCCUUCUCCUUGUGGACCAAAUUCAAUUUGUAAAGAAAAUUUGGGUGCCCCAUUAUGUUCCUGUGCAAGUGGAUUUAUCGGCUCGCCCCCUAAUUGUAAACCAGAAUGUAUUAGUAAAUCAGAGUGUUCAUUACAACAAACUUGUAUCAAUUCAAAAUGUGUGGAUCCCUGUAUUGGAUCAUGUGGUCUCAACACUGAAUGUCACGUCAUUGGCCACUCUCCUACAUGUAGUUGUUUAGCUGGUUACACUGGAAAUCCAUUCUUUGAAUGCAGUAAAAUAGAAAAACCACAAGAUUUCGCUACACCUUGUCAACCGUCACCAUGUGGAGCAAAUGCGAUCUGCAAAGAAUUCAAUGGAGCUGGAUCCUGUACAUGUUUACCUGAUUAUCAUGGCAAUCCUUACGAAGGUUGCAGGCCAGAGUGCCUUAUUAACACAGACUGUGCAUCAAAUCGAGCUUGCAUACAAAGUCAUUGUGAAGACCCAUGUCCAGGUGCCUGUGCACCAAAUGCCAUAUGCCAGGUGGUAAAUCAUAUUCCAAUGUGCUCUUGUGACCGCGGCCAGACUGGCGAUCCAUCUCAGUAUUGCAUUCCAGAAAGAAUUUCCGAUAAACCAAUAAAUGUUUGUCAACCAUCCCCGUGUGGUCCUAAUAGUCGAUGUCAAGAAAUAAAUAAACAAGCCGUAUGCUCUUGUUUACCCAAUUACAUCGGCUUUCCUCCUGGAUGCCGCCCCGAAUGUACUAUAAGCGCAGAAUGUUCUAGAGAAUUAGCUUGCAUUAAUCAAAAAUGCGAAAAUCCAUGCAAAAAUGCUUGUGGCAUAAAUUCUGAGUGCAGAGUUAUAAACCACAGCCCAAUUUGUAUAUGCCAUUCGCAAUACACUGGUGAUCCGUUUACUAGAUGCCAUCCGAUACCACCACCUAUUUCAAAUUCAAUUAAGGAACCCUACAGAAAUCCGUGUGUGCCGUCACCAUGUGGACCGAAUUCAGUUUGUCAAGAAGUAGGAAAUGUGCCGUCUUGUGCAUGCAUGUUAAAUUAUAUUGGCAGCCCGCCCAACUGCAGGCCGGAAUGCACUAUUAAUGCAGAAUGCCCAACUUCUAAAGCAUGUAUUCAGCAGAAAUGCCGAGAUCCUUGUCCAGGUUCUUGUGGAAUAAAUUCGAUGUGCAAUGUUUUACGUCAUACGCCGAUUUGCACUUGUCCAGAUGGUUACACAGGCGACGCAUUUACUCUUUGUUCACCUAAGCCUCUAGAAGCGGAUGUCAUAGUAGAUGAAUGCAAUCCAUCACCUUGUGGGCCUAAUGCUGUAUGCAGAGAAGGAAUUUGUACAUGCAUCGCAGAAUAUCAUGGUAAUCCCUACGAAGGAUGCAGGCCAGAAUGCGUACUAAGUUCUGACUGCUCAAGAGAGAAAGCCUGCAUCAAGAACAAAUGCGUGGAUCCAUGUAAAGGAACUUGUGUAGACAAUGCAAUCUGUGAUGUAAUCAAUCAUGUACCUAUGUGCAGCUGCUCACAAGGGAUGACAGGGAAUGCAUUUUAUAGAUGUGAGCCAAUUAAAGGUUCAACGAUAGUGAACCCAUGCUCACCAUCACCUUGCGGGCCCAACAGUCAAUGUCGAGAAAUAAAUGGGCAAGCAGUAUGUACUUGCCUGUCAGGCUAUUUGGGUAGUGCGCCGUUGUGUAGACCGGAGUGUGUUUUAAGCUCCGACUGCCCACCAAAUAAGGCUUGUAGCAACCAAAAAUGUAUAGACCCCUGCAAGGGAUCAUGUGGGGUGGAUGCUUUAUGUAACGUUGUUAAACACAACCCUAUAUGCAUUUGUCCAGCACAAUAUACUGGGGAUCCAUUUAUUAGAUGUCUUCCAUAUAGUCCUUCCUUGGCAAAUAUAACACCAUGUACGCCAUCUCCCUGUGGACCGAAUUCAAUUUGUAAAGAAGCUGGUGAUACGCCAUCUUGUACAUGUAUGUCAAACUAUUUUGGUUCUCCACCUUAUUGCAAACCAGAAUGUACAAGUAAUAGUGAAUGUCCAACUAAUAAAGCGUGCGUGAAUCAAAAAUGUAAAGACCCAUGUAUUGGAGCCUGUGGAGCGAAUGCACAAUGUAGAACUGUUUCACAUUCUCCAAUGUGUUUCUGUGACAAUGGGUUCAUCGGAGAUCCAUUUUCUUCUUGUUAUCAGCAAGACGUAAUACCAGAAAAAACAACUCCUUGUGAACCCUCGCCAUGUGGAUCAAACGCUGUAUGUAAAGAAUAUAAUUCUGCUGGAUCUUGUUCGUGUCUUCCGGACUAUAUUGGAAAUCCAUACGAAGGCUGCCGACCAGAAUGCACAGUAAACACUGACUGUACUCCAAACAAAUCAUGCAUUCGAAAUAAAUGCCAAGAUCCGUGUCCCGGUACAUGCGGCCCAAUGGCUACUUGUGUGGUUGUUAAUCACUUGCCAACAUGCAGUUGCCUACCUGGAUAUUCAGGGAAUCCAUACAGCAGAUGUAACACAUUCAGUGAGCCAUUACAGCCGGCAACACCAUGCUCGCCCAACCCUUGCGGGCCAAAUAGUAUUUGUCGUCCAGUUAACGGUCAAAGUGUAUGCUCUUGUAUGCCUAAUUUCGUUGGAUCACCACCAGGAUGUCGACCGGAAUGUGUCGUCAGUUCGGAGUGCUCCAUUGACAAGUCUUGCAUCAAUCAAAAAUGCGUCAAUCCAUGCCCUGGAAACUGUGGUCUUAACGCUGAAUGUAGAGUUAUCAAUCAUAGCCCUGUCUGCUCUUGCAGCCCAGGUUUCACAGGCGAACCAUUUACUAGAUGUUUCCCAGAACAAUUACAAAUACAGCCUCCAGUUUAUAUCAACCCCUGUGUGCCAAAUCCUUGCGGUGAUAAUGCAAUAUGUCGAGAUAUAAAUGGUUCUCCUUCUUGUACCUGCAUAUCGAACUACCAAGGUCUUCCACCAAAUUGUCGACCUGAAUGUGCCAUCAACCAAGAUUGUCCUUCUGAUAAAGCUUGCAUAAAUAUGAGGUGUCGCGAUCCUUGUCCGGGCAGUUGUGGAUCUAACGCGUUAUGCUCAACUUUCAACCAUUUGCCAUCGUGCACAUGUAUACAAGGAUAUACCGGAGAUCCUUUUACUUACUGCUCUCUGAUAUUACCACCAAAAGACGAAAUAACAACGGAUCUUUGUAAUCCGUCACCGUGCGGCUAUAAUGCGAAUUGCAGAGAUGGUGUUUGUACUUGCUUCAGUGAAUACUUCGGAGAUCCAUAUACGGGUUGCAAACCUGAAUGUGUUACUAAUAUGGAUUGUUCUAUAGAUAAAGUGUGUUCCAAGAACAAGUGCAUAAAUCCAUGUCCUGGAACGUGUGCAUUAACUGCACAAUGCAAUGUUUAUAAUCACAUUCCUAUGUGUACUUGUCCUGAAGGCACGUCUGGUAAUGCAUUUAUCGAAUGUAACAAAUAUGAAGUCCAAUUUAGCGAGCCUUGCAACCCCAGUCCAUGUGGUCCAAAUAGUCAAUGCCGUCCAGUAAACGGAGUAGCAGUGUGCUCGUGUUUACCGACGUUCAUCGGAACUCCGCCUUUGUGUCGACCCGAGUGCACAAUCAGUGCCGAGUGCCCUCUAAACGAAGCGUGCAAUAAUCACAAAUGCAUCGAUCCAUGUAAAGGAUCUUGUGGUUUAGGAGCGAAAUGUGUAGUUGUGAACCAUAAUCCAAUUUGUUCAUGUCAAUCCCAAUUUACCGGUGAUCCGUUUACUCGAUGCACCGCAAUAGUUAAUAGUCCGAUUUCGUAUCCAAGUGAUCCUUGCACGCCUUCGCCAUGUGGUCCAUACUCAGUGUGCAGGGUUAUCGGUGAAUCACCGUCAUGUACCUGCCAAAGUGAUUAUACGGGGUCACCUCCAAACUGUCGCCCGGAAUGUAUUAGCAAUUCAGAAUGUUCAAUUAAUUUUGCAUGUAUCAAUCAGAAAUGUAAAAAUCCCUGCCCCGGAAGUUGCGGUUAUAAUGCUGAUUGUAAAGUAAUCAGUCACGCUUUAGUAUGUUCUUGUCCAUUUGGUCAAACUGGAGAUCCUCUCGUAUCUUGCACUCCAAUAAAAGAUAAUGUCAUAGAAUAUAGCUCACCAUGUAAUCCUUCACCUUGUGGUUUAAAUGCAGAAUGCACUGAAAGAAAUGGUGUUGGAUCUUGUAAAUGUGUAGAAUAUUUCGUUGGAAAUCCUUACGAAGGUUGUCGUCCAGAAUGCGUCAUUAACAGCGACUGCCCUCCUAUGUUAUCUUGUAUUCAAAAUAAAUGUAAAGAUCCAUGCCCAGGUCUAUGUGCACCAAAUGGAAUUUGCCAAGUUGUCAACCAUCUACCUUUGUGUUAUUGUCCUCCUGGAUUAACCGGCAAUGCGUAUUCAUACUGUGUAGAAGCAGUUGAAGAUACAGUCAAACCAUCACCAUGUGCUUCUUUGCCAUGUGGCCCUAACAGCCAAUGUCGAGAAGUAAGUGAUCAAGCAAUAUGUAGCUGUCAGACAGAUUUUAUGGGCGCACCACCAAAUUGCAAACCUGAAUGUACCAUCAGUAGCGAAUGUUCCAGCAAUAAAGCUUGCAUCAAAAGAAAAUGUAUCGAUCCUUGUAUAGGACAAUGUUCUAGAAAUGCAAACUGCAGAGUUAUUUCGCAUAAUCCCAUAUGUUCGUGUCAGAAUGGAUAUACUGGAGAUCCAUUCACAAAUUGUUUCCCAACGCCUGCAUCAAUUCCAUCUCUACCAUCACCUAUCAAUCCAUGCAUACCAUCUCCAUGUGGACCAAAUUCACUAUGCCAAGAAUAUGGAGAUACAGUUAGAUGCACAUGUCUCCCUAACUAUAUUGAUACACCGCCGCGAUGUAGACCAGAAUGUUCUAUAAAUUCCGAAUGUAAUGCUAUUCAGGCAUGCAUUAAUAAUAAAUGUUCAGACCCUUGUCCCGGAGCCUGUGGAAAUAAUGCCCAAUGCAUUGUCAAUAACCAUCUACCAAUAUGUUCUUGUUUGCCCGGAUAUACGGGAGAUCCGUUCAGCUUUUGCAAUGUUAUGCAUGAUGAACCAACAGAUCCAUGUUUACCGUCCCCAUGUGGUCCCAAUGCAAUUUGCCGCGAUGGCAUUUGUUCAUGUCGGGAUCAGUUUAUCGGCGACCCCUACCAAGGCUGCAAACCAGAAUGUGUAUUAAAUACAGACUGCACAAGAGAUAAAGCAUGUGUGAAAAAUAAAUGUGUUGAUCCUUGCGCCGGAACAUGUGGAACAAAUGCCAUUUGUGAAACCAUCAACCAUAUUCCUAUGUGUUCUUGUCCAUCGGGCACAACAGGAUCUCCAUUUUCAUACUGCACAGCAUCGAUGGAACCUUCAACUCCAGCUAACUUAUGUGAUCCUUCACCGUGUGGCCCUUACAGUCAAUGCAGAGAAGUAAAUGGGCAUGCAGUUUGCAUUUGUAUCACAGGUUAUAUUGGCAGCCCUCCCAAUUGUAGACCAGAGUGCGCUGUCAGCACAGACUGCAGAUUAAAUCAGGCUUGUUCUAAUCAAAAAUGUAUAGAUCCUUGCCCCGGAGCGUGCGGCCUUAACGCGCAAUGCAUUGUCGUGAAUCACAAUCCUGUGUGUACUUGUAUAUCAGGGUAUUCAGGAGAUCCGUUCUCAAUUUGCCAAAUCAUUGCUGCUUCACCGCCAGAAAGAGUAAACCCCUGCUUACCAUCGCCGUGUGGCCCUAACUCGAAAUGUUCAGAAAAUGGAGACAAUGCUAUUUGUCAAUGCUUACCAGAUUAUAUUGGCGCACCACCAAACUGCCGUCCUGAAUGCACCAGUAAUUCAGAAUGUUCUCAAAUAACUGCUUGUCUCAACAGAAAAUGUCGUGAUCCAUGUCCUGGAUCAUGUGGUUUAAAUGCAGAAUGUCGAGUAAUAAGCCACACGCCUAUUUGUUUGUGCACUGACGGUUAUAGUGGAGAUCCAUUCAUUUCAUGUAACAUUUUAGUACAAAAUGUGAUAGAAGAGCGACCCACACCAUGCGUUCCAUCACCAUGUGGUGCUAAUGCAGUGUGUAAAGAGCAAAAUAACGCUGGUUCAUGUUCAUGUAUUCCCGGCUAUUUUGGAAAUCCUUACGAUUCUUGUAAGCCAGAGUGUAUAUUAAGCUCAGAUUGUCCUUCUAAUCUUGCUUGUAUACAAAAUAAAUGUAAAGAUCCCUGUCCUGGCACUUGUGGUUUGAAUGGGUUAUGCAAUGUCAUAAACCACAUUCCUUCUUGUACUUGCCCCGAUCAAUAUUAUGGUGAUCCAUACAAGUUGUGUGCUUUCAGUCCUUUAACUGAAAUGUCAGAUCCGUGCAAUACUUCGCCAUGUGGACCCUACAGCAACUGCAAAACCCAAAACGGUGUAGCUAUAUGUACAUGCUUAAGUGGUUAUCAAGGAGCACCGCCUAUGUGCCGACCUGAAUGCUUAACAAGCUCAGAAUGUCCUUUAGAUAAAGUCUGUGUCAAUCAAAAAUGUGUAACAUUAUGUCCCAAUGCAUGCGGUAAAAAUACUGAAUGUAGGAUGAUUAAUCAUAACCCUAUUUGUACAUGCAAGCAAGGUUACACUGGCGAUCCGCUUGCAAUGUGUUAUAAUCUGCCUGAGCCAAACAAACAGGAAUCAGAACCAGUUAAUCCUUGUAUUCCAUCUCCAUGUGGAUUAAAUGCGGAAUGUCGAAACAUUGGAGGAAUUCCUUCUUGUUCUUGCAUAAUUGGAUUCUAUGGAAGCCCGCCUAAUUGCAAACCAGAAUGUAUAGUGAAUACAGAUUGUAGUAAUGACAAAGCCUGCAUAAAUAUGAAAUGUCGCGAUCCCUGCUUGGGCUCAUGUGGAUUGAAUGCAAUAUGCAAUGUAGUUAAACAUAUACCAGUUUGCAUUUGUCCCAAUGGAUAUCAAGGAGAUCCAUUCUCAAUUUGUAAUGUUAAACCCCAAGAAUCACCCCAAGUAAUCGAUCCAUGUCGACCGUCGCCAUGUGGAGCGAAUGCGCAAUGUAACAACGGCGUCUGCACUUGUUUGCCUGAAUAUCAGGGAGAUCCAUACUUUGAAUGUCGACCUGAAUGUGUAUUAAGUUCAGACUGUCCAUUCGAUAAAGCGUGUUUGCGAUCGAAAUGCGUUGACCCAUGUCGUAAUCUGUGCGGUGUAAACGCAGAAUGUAACGUUUAUAACCACAUAGGUGUUUGCAGCUGUCCCAGAGAAAUGACAGGAAAUGCAUUUGUGCAGUGCAAUAUUAUUGAAAGGCCUUUAGUUACACCUUGUGAACCGUCACCGUGUGGUCCAAAUAGUAUAUGCCGAGAGGCAAAUGGCCAAGCUGUGUGUGCUUGUGUGUCUGGCUUUAUUGGUAAUCCACCCAAUUGUCGACCAGAAUGUGUACAGAGUAUGGACUGUCCUCUAUCACAAGCUUGCAUUAAUCAAAAAUGCCAAGAUCCUUGUCCAGGAUCCUGCGGUCAUAACGCUAUAUGUAACGUCAACAACCACAAUCCUAUAUGUAGUUGCCCUGAUAGAUUUACUGGAUCUCCGUUCAGCCACUGUUACGUACUAGCACCAAUUGAUAAUCCACCGAACGACCCAUGCAUCCCAUCUCCAUGUGGACCAAACAGUUAUUGUACUACAAAUUCUGAUGGAAAUUCACACACUUGUACUUGCCAACCCAGCUUUGAAGGAACACCACCACAUUGCCGCAGAGAAUGCUCGUCAAACGACGAAUGUCCUUCAAAUAAAGCUUGCAUAAACUAUAAAUGCAAAGAUCCUUGUCCAGGAUCUUGUGGGGUCAACACUAUUUGUACAGUGCAUUUACAUAGCCCGAUGUGUGCUUGUCAAGAAGGAUUAUCGGGAGAUCCGUUCACGUCUUGCUAUGAAAUACAGUUCUCCAUGGUGGAUCCUUGUAAUCCAACUCCAUGUGGAGCAAAUGCACGCUGUAAAACAUCGAGUAAUAGUGCAGCCACGUGUUUAUGUGAGCCUGGCUACUUUGGUAAUCCAUAUGAAGGAUGUAGACCAGAGUGUAUUAUAGAUACAGAUUGUGCAUUUGAUAAAGCUUGUCGAAAGAAUCAAUGUGAGGACCCAUGUCCAGGCGUCUGCGGCUCUACAGCAAUUUGUCAAGUAAUCAAUCAUAUUCCAUCGUGCAGUUGUGCGACAUCUUACACUGGAAAUCCAUACACAUAUUGUCAUAUAAUUAUUAACAGUCCAACAGAAACGACUUCUAAGGAUCCAUGUGUACCUAAUCCAUGUGGUAGUAAUAGUAAUUGCAAGAAUAACAAUGGCGUCGCCUCGUGUUCUUGUAUGACGGAGUUCUUUGGAUCUCCACCGAAUUGCCGACCAGAAUGUACAAUAAACUCCGAAUGCCAACCAACUAUGAGUUGUUUGAGGCAAAAAUGUAUUGAUCCAUGCAAAGGAGUAUGUGGACAAAAUGCUGAAUGCCGAGUAGUUAAUCAUGCUCCAAUAUGCACUUGUCCUCAAGGUUUAGAAGGUGAUCCAUUUAUAAGAUGCACUACAAUAAAAAAAACACCGCCAGCGAAAGUGAAUCCAUGUGUACCUUCCCCAUGUGGUCCAAAUUCUGUUUGCCAAUUAGUAAACACAUUUCCUAUUUGUUCAUGUUUGGACAAAUAUAUUGGUUCACCGCCAAAUUGCCGAGCUGAAUGUAAUGUUAAUUCUGAUUGCCCUAGUACAAUGGCUUGUAUAAACCAGAAAUGUCGCGAUCCAUGUCCUGGGUCUUGUGGUCUUGAAACAGUGUGUCAAGUUUACCAACACGCGGCCAUCUGCAGUUGCAGGGAGGGAUAUACUGGGAAUCCGUUCCAAAAUUGUUACAUUCAAGAACAUAUAGAACCAGCACCUGCCGUAUACGAUAAUUGUAAUCCAAGCCCAUGUGGCGCCAAUGCCGACUGUGAUGGCGGAACAUGCACAUGUAGAUCAGGAUAUUUUGGAAAUCCGUAUCUUAGCUGUCGCCCUGAAUGUACACACAAUUCUGACUGUGCGCCGAAUAAAGCUUGCAUAAAUAAUAAAUGUAUGGAUCCUUGUAACAACUUAUGCGGCCAAAGAGCAGUAUGUGAAGUUUAUAACCACAUACCUAUGUGUAAUUGUCCAUCAGGAACUACUGGAAGUGCUUUUAUAUCUUGCACACAAAUACUCGGUGAAUCUGAAAAAGUAAACCCUUGCGUACCCUCUCCUUGUGGACCCUACAGCAUUUGUCGAGCCGUAAACGAACAAGCAAUAUGUUCAUGUCAAAUUGGACAUUUUGGCAUACCGCCCUCAUGUAGACCUGAAUGCCUAGUAGAUUCAGAUUGUACAAGUUUAAUGUCAUGUUCUAAUCAGAAAUGUAUAGACCCAUGUCAAGGUUCAUGUGGAUUUAAUGCCGAAUGUAAAGUACAUAAUCAUAAACCAAUUUGCUACUGUCGCAAUAGAUUUACUGGCGACCCAUUCAAUCAAUGCAUUGUUAUUCAAGAUAAACCAUCAACAAAACCAGCUCCAUGUGAACCGUCUCCAUGUGGUCCUAACUCUGUAUGCAGAGUACAAGGAGAUACCCCAUCUUGUUCUUGCUCACCUGAAUAUAUUGGAACUCCACCAUACUGUCGCCCUGAAUGCGUCUCAAACAGCGAAUGUAGUUUUGACAAAGCCUGUAUAAACAAGAAAUGCAUAAAUCCUUGCUCAGGAGCAUGUGGACUAAACACUGAUUGUCGUGUUAUAAGUCAUUCACCACAGUGCGUUUGCCAGCAGGGGUAUGAAAGAGAUUCCUUUGACCAGUGUAAACCAAUAACUAUUUCAGCUCCCACGCCAGAUUCUAGCAAACCGUGCAUACCAAAUCCAUGUGGUACAAAUGCUGUUUGCCAAGACCGCAAUAAUGUCGGAAGCUGCGCUUGUUUGAAUGGUUAUUUCGGAAAUCCUUAUGAAGGAUGCAGACCUGAAUGUCUCCUUAACUCAGAUUGUGCCGAAAAUAGGGCAUGCAUAAAUAACAAAUGCCAAGAUCCUUGUCCAGGAAUAUGUGGUACAAAUGCUCAAUGUAAAAUUGUUAAUCAUAUGCCGCAUUGUAUCUGUAUAUUAGGCUAUGUGGGCAAUCCAUAUGACAACUGUAUUAUCAAAGAAGAAACUAGCGACCCUUGUAACCCAUCGCCAUGUGGACCAAACAGUAAUUGCAGAAAUGUUAAUAACAAUGGUAUCUGUACUUGUUUGCCAGACUACAUUGGUAGUCCACCGAAUUGUCGUUCGGAAUGUGUGACCAGUUCUGAAUGUCCUCUUGAUAAAGCUUGUGUUAAACAGAAAUGUAUAGAUCCGUGCAUAGGUAUGUGUGGAGAAAAUGCACAGUGCCGUGUCUAUCACCAUAGUCCUUAUUGUACUUGUUUCCCUGGAUUCGAAGGAGAUCCAUUCAUAAGAUGCACGAAAGAAAAAUUAUUUGAACCAUCAGUAACUUCACCAUGUGAACCAAAUCCAUGCGGUCCAUACUCAACCUGUCGAGUCGUAGGAGUCAAUGCAAUUUGUGAAUGCAAACAGGGAUUUAUAGGAGUACCGCCCCGCUGCGCUCCAGAAUGUACAAUAAAUGAAGAUUGUCCAAACGAUAAGGCUUGUGUUAGAGAAAAAUGUGCAGACCCUUGUACUGGCUCCUGUGGAGCUAAUGCUGAAUGUCGUGCGAUGAACCAUCUAGCAAUAUGCACCUGCUUAACUGGUUAUAGUGGAAAUUCUUUUGUGGGCUGUUAUGCUUACACUGAAACUGAAAUUCAACGUCCUUUAGAUGCUUGUCAACGAUCGCCUUGCGGAAUAAAUGCAAUAUGCUAUAACGGGACAUGUUCAUGUAUCGUCGGCUAUCAAGGCAAUCCUUAUGUAGAAUGCAGACCAGAAUGUACUAAUAACCACGAAUGUGGGAAACAACAGGCUUGUGUUAACUAUAAAUGCAAAAAUCCUUGUAUAAACGCCUGUGGCUUUAAUGCCAUUUGUAACGUUCAUAACCAUAUUGCCAUAUGUGAAUGUCCGGCAACAUUAACAGGAGAUCCUUUCUUAGCUUGCCGAAAACCUUUAGAUAUAAUGUAUACAGAAGCAUCAAUUUCACCGUGCUCACCAAAUCCUUGUGGACCGAACAGUGUGUGCAGAGCAGCUGGCACAGUAGCUCAUUGCUCUUGCCUACCAGCUAAAUUAGAAUCUCCCCCCACAUGCCGGCCUGAAUGCCACACUGACUCAGAAUGCAGCCCCCAGUUAGCCUGCCGAAACAAUAAAUGUAGAGACCCUUGUCCAGGAUCAUGCGGAGUGCAUGCCAUUUGCCGCGUGCGGUUACAUUCACCAAUUUGCACAUGCCCAGUUAACUUCAUGGGUGAUCCAUUUGUGAGAUGUUUACCAGCUCAAGAGACUGAACCUAAGAUACCAUCCUGCCAGAAUUGUGGAGCCAACGCAGAUUGCAUUGAAGGCCAAUGUCGUUGCAAAACUAGCUUCCUCGGUUCACCUCCAAACUGUCGCUAUGAGUGUCUCAGUUCCAGUGAUUGUGAUAUGCAUCUCGCUUGUAUCAACAAUCAAUGUGUUGAUCCUUGUCCGGGAGCCUGUGGUAUUACUGCCGUAUGCACCCCAACGGCACACGAGCCUCGUUGCAAUUGUCCUCCCAGCACUACUGGAAAUCCUCUUGUAGAAUGUCGACCCACCGCAGACAUCCCUCCACCACCACAAGACCCAUGUUAUCCAUCUCCAUGUGGCCCGGGAGCCAUAUGCCGCACUAAGGGACUCGGCGCAUCUUGCGAAUGCGAACCAGGAUUACUUGGUGAUCCGUAUACCGGCUGCCGACCAGAGUGUGUCGCUGAUUCUGACUGUUCGCCUACUCGAGCGUGUAUUCGAUCACACUGCCGAGACCCAUGUGUGGGCACUUGCGGAGUUAACGCUGAUUGUGAAACUGUUAACCAUAUACCGCUAUGCUCAUGUCCUUCUGGAACUCGUGGAAACGCCUUUGAAAGAUGCGACGUCAUAUCAACGCCGCCUCCAUGCACACCUUCCCCAUGUGGCCCGGGAGCCUUGUGCUCUGUAGUGGGUGACCGUGCACAGUGCUCGUGUCCAGUAGGCACCAGCGGUGAUGCGGCCACCAGCGGUUGUAGACCAGAAUGUGUUGUCAGUAGUGAAUGUCCACGUGACCAAGCAUGUGUCAGAAACAAAUGCAUUAAUCCUUGUCUGGGUUCCUGUGGAAAUGGAGCUAUUUGUAGAGUCUUCGAUCACGCUCCAAUUUGCUCGUGUCAAUCUCCUUUGAUAGGAGACCCUUUCAUUGAAUGUAGAGCUAAAGAACCAAGACCAGAACCACCUCAAUACGAUCCUUGUGAACCCAAUCCCUGUGGACCACAUGGAAGUUGCCGUAAUGGCAUCUGCUCAUAUCCAGAGUGUGUUGUAAACGAUGACUGCCCCGGUAACCGCGCUUGCAUUAACCAAAAAUGUGCUGAUCCAUGUGUUAACGCAUGUGGUCUUAAUGCUUUAUGUACUGGAGUAAGACAUAACGCUGUGUGCUCGUGUCCACCCGGAUACUCAGGCUUUGCUCUAGUACGGUGUGAACGAGUUAUAAUUCCAACACCACCGGCGCAAACACCAGAAUGCGUCAAAGAUGACCAAUGUGCAGAUAAUGCUGCUUGCGUUGAUGCAAGAUGUACACUAGUAUGUGGACAAAACAACUGUGGUAUCAAUGCUCGCUGCUUGGCAAGACAACAUAGAGCGCGGUGCACCUGUUUGCCUGGAUACGAAGGCGAUGCGUACAGGGGUUGUUAUUCAGUUGAAUGUCAUAGCAACAACGACUGCCCGUACGAUGAAAAUUGUGAGAAUGGCUCUUGCUUGAAAAUAUGUUCGCGCUUGCGCUGCGGAGUGGAGGCUCAUUGCGUAGCUCGCGCCCAUACAGCGAGUUGCGAAUGCAAUUCUGGAGCUCGAGGCGACCCUUGGACAAGUUGCCGUCAAGAUGAAUGUUCUUCUGAUGAUGAGUGCCCGGCUUGGCUGGCAUGUCGCCGAGGAAAUUGCACAGAUCCGUGUCCAGGAUCUUGCGCUCAGGGCGCUAUUUGCAAUGUGAUACGCCAUACACCUAAUUGUGAAUGUCCACGCGGCACCCAAGGCAAUCCAAAAAUCGAGUGUCGUCCAGUACUAGAAACAACGAUAGAGUGUCAAACGGAUGCAGAGUGUGGCCCAGAUCUAGCUUGCCUUCAAAAUCACUGCAAAAAUCCGUGUGACAGCAAGUCUUGUGGAACACGAGCCAUAUGCCGGGUGGCAAAUACGUUACCAUUCCGUACAUUGGUUUGUGAAUGUCCCAAACCUCUUACCGGAGAUGCAUCCGUAGAGUGUAAACCAGGUGGUGAAUGCUCAGAAGAUUCGGACUGUAGCGAUAUAGAAGUGUGCUCUAAUAAACGUUGUGUGAACGCGUGCGACGCAAGGCAAACCGCAUGCGGCGUUGGCGCUGAGUGCCGCGCGGCGGCACACCGUGCGUCGUGCAGGUGUUUGCCACCGCUGCAAGGAGACCCGCAGAGAGCAUGUACAGCUCCAUCAGAGCUCGCACCAAGUCCGGAGUGCUUAGCAGACGAAGAAUGUGGCGCAGCAGAAGCGUGCGUAUCACGACGCUGCGUGUCUGCUUGCGCUGGCGCGUGCGGAGCUGGUGCUCUUUGCGAAGCUACAUAUCAUCGCGCUCGCUGCCGUUGUCCGCCCGGUACUGCCGGGGAUCCGUCUCGAAGCUGUUAUACUCCUGAAUGCACAUCCGAUGAUAAUUGUCCUUUCGAUAAGACCUGUAUCAACAAUUAUUGCCGGGAUCCAUGCGCAUUGGGUUCCCCAUGCGGUCGCGAUGCUAUAUGUGAAGCCGUUGCUCACGUCGCCACUUGCCGGUGUCCUGCUGGUACUCAGGGAGACCCACAUCGUAUUUGUAUCUCUGCUGUAUGCCACUACAACGAAGACUGUGACGACACUCAAAUAUGUAACAGACUUAAUCGCGUAUGUCAACCUGCCUGCUCCGAAAACUCUUGCGCCUCGGGAGCUCUAUGUAUUGCUCGUAAUCAUCGGCCAGAUUGCACAUGUCCUCCUGGCCGCUCAGGAGAUCCUUAUUCAAGCGGCUGCUCCAAAGAGAUAACCUCAGAAUGCGCAUCUGAUUCAGACUGUUCGGCUCCACUUGCUUGUGUGAAUUCGCGAUGCAUUGAUCUCUGUCUCAACAAUCCUUGUGAAGCUGGACUUCUCUGCAAAACUGUGGAUCUAUUGCCACUGCGAGCAGUUGCCUGCAUAUGCCCUGAUGGUGGCCGCACUGCUCCAGAUAGUGGUUGCCGUAUUCCACCGUCGGCAGAAUGCUCUUCUGAUUCUGAAUGUGCUCUCAGUCAAAUAUGUCGUCGCGGAAGUUGCGUGGAUGCAUGUAAAGCUGAUCCUUGCGGACUAAAUGCAUUGUGCGAAUCAAAUGCCCACGCCUCUCGCUGCACUUGUCCUCAAGGCUACAAUGGAAAUCCAAGAAUCGAAUGCAACCCAGAACCAAGACGACCAACUGCAGAAUGCUACAGUGAUGACGAGUGUCACUAUGAACGAGCAUGCAUAAAUCGGCUUUGCAUGAACCCAUGUACCGACACAUGCGGCGCUGGGUCACUCUGCCGGGUGAUCGAUCAUAAGCCACAUUGCACCUGCCCAAGAGGUUUUACUGGCAUCGCCACUGUUCAAUGCAUACCACCAUCAGAAGGGUCGGUAGGCUGCAAGGCGAAUUCGGACUGUCCAUUGUCGCAAGCAUGCAUUAACAGUGCCUGCGCCGAUCCUUGCUCUUGUGGCACCAAUGCACAGUGCAAUGUAAUAAGACAUCAUCCAGUAUGCUACUGUGAAGAUGGCUAUUCAGGGAACCCCUACACUGGAUGUAUUAAAGUUGGCUGUACCUCAGAAUCAGACUGUUCCGAUAGCGAUACUUGUUAUAAUGGCGCCUGUGUCAAUCCCUGCGUCAUAGAAGCAUCAUGCGCUGUGAGCGCAGUAUGUUACGGCAAAUCACAUAGACCUAACUGUCGCUGUCCAAUAGGUACCACUGGAAAUCCAUAUACUAGAUGUCAAGCAGCAGAAUGCCAAAUUGACAAUGAUUGUGACGAUGACAGCGUUUGUGUAACAGGAAUAUGUCGAAAUGCGUGUUCAAAUCAUGGCCUCAAUCCGUGUGCAGGCAACGCCGAAUGUUUUGCACGCAAUCACGCAGCGUCAUGCAAGUGCCCGCCAGCGCUUCCAUUUGGAGAUCCCUUAACUCAUUGCGAAAAACCAAAUAUAGUUGGUGAACCUGAGUGUCGCCUCGAUAGCGACUGUCCCAGCGGCCAGGCAUGUCUAAGAGAAGAAUGUCGUGAAGCCUGUACGGAAUUAAAACCAUGCGCUGGGAAUUCACGCUGUACUGUGUCUGAUAGUGUACCUUUUAGAACUUUAAUAUGUCGUUGUCCAGAAGGAUAUAUCCCGGAUGAAAACGGUUCCUGUAAACCCACGCAAUUACCACCCUUAAGUUGUUCUUCAGAUCAAGACUGCAGUGAUCAAGAGUCUUGUAUAAACAGAAUUUGUCGAAAUCCAUGUAACUGUGGAGAUAAUGCUGAAUGCUUUAUACGAAACCACCGACCUGUUUGUUCGUGCCGUGAAGGCUUCGACGGAGACCCAUAUCGCGCAUGUCGUACAGUUGGUUGUCGUGCGGACUCAGAAUGUGAAUCGAGUUCUGCAUGUAUCAAUGGAAACUGUAUCAGUCCUUGCUUACUGAACAGCACUUGUGGACCCAACGCCGAAUGCUAUGUAGAAAGGAAUCGACCUCUUUGUCGUUGCCGAUCUGGCUUUGAAGGUGAUGCGUAUUCUAGUUGUAACGCAAUAGAGUGUAGAUCGAAUGGAGACUGCCCGCAAACUAAGCAAUGUCUUGCGCAUAGAUGUAUAGAUCCUUGCCUUUCUGACAACACAUGCGGUAGUUAUGCGGUUUGCUUAGUACGAAAUCAUAAUGCUAUGUGUAAAUGCGAAAGAGGCUACACAGGCAAUCCAUAUGUAGAAUGUAAACCACAAAUAAUCGCCGAAUGCUACGUAGAUGCUGAUUGUCCAUCUAAACUUGCUUGUUUAUCAUCGAAGUGCGUUGAGCCAUGCACUACACUACGACCAUGUGCUACCCCCACGCGUUGUGAAGUAUCACCCACCUUACCAGUACGCACCCUCCUAUGCACUUGCCCACCAGGUUAUGUAAGCAGCGGUGGCGGUAUGUGCCGCCCUACAACUUCUAUUCUUGAUGUCGAAUGCCAGACCGAUACUGACUGCACUAGCAAUCAUGCCUGUAUAACAUCCGUUUGUAAAAACCCAUGCGAAUGUGGUUCUAAUACUGAUUGUCAAAUAAAAGAUCACAAACCAGUUUGUGCAUGUAGGCCUGGUUACAUCGGCGACGCGCGUCUUGGUUGUUACAAGAUUUUAUGCCAGUCAGACUCAGAAUGUUCCGAUGAUGAGAGCUGUAUCAACAGCCGUUGUGUACCAGCUUGUUCUGUUGAGCCAAGUGUUUGUGGAGAGUCUGCUGAAUGCUACGGCGCAGAGCACCACGCCUCAUGUAGAUGCAAAAUUGGCACUAUAGGUAAUCCAUUAAUAGCUUGCACAGCAAUAGGCUGCCGUGCCCAUAGCGAUUGCCCACCGGACAAAUCGUGCAUUAACUCGAAAUGUGUAAACCCAUGUACAUCUGAAACUUGCGUUGAUGAAGCUGAAUGUAGAGUCCAUCAACAUGAUGUCCAUUGUGUUUGCCCACCUGGUUACCGAAGUACAGAAGAUGGCUGUGAACAACCCAAGGAACCACAAUGUAUUUCCGAUAUUGAUUGCCCACCUGGAACAGCGUGUCUAAAUGCAAAGUGUCUUAAUCCUUGUCUAGAAACUAAACCGUGUGGACAUAAUACAGAAUGCAAAGUUGUCGACACCCUUCCUGUAAGAACUAUGGUCUGCGAUUGUUUGCCAGGAUAUAAAGGAAACGCUCUAAUAGAAUGCACAUCAAACAGAGUACCAAUCGCGAAAUGCAUUGACGGUCAAGGAUUAGAUGCAUUGGGUGAAUGUGCACCAUGCUACGAAGAAGACGGUCACAUUGUCGACAGCAGGGGACGGUGUGUGUGUGAUACUGAACGCGGCUUCUCGCCGCGAGGUGACAUCUGCGUGCAAGCAGGAUGCCGUACUGACGACCAAUGUGACGAUCAAUCACGCUGCAUUAAUGGUGCAUGUGUCGACGCUUGCGCUGCAGAACCUUGCGGCGUAGCUGCGUACUGUAACGCUACUAACCAUCGCUCGAUCUGCACAUGCAAACCCGGCUAUGUUGGCAAUGCCAGAGUCCAUUGUAAUGCUACUACACCACCGGAUCACAACUACCGCACCGAUUUCCCUAUACCAGAGAUGCAGGUAAACUGUGAAGCUAAUGGUGUUCGUGUUAGCUUGAAAAUUAAGGACUUUAACGGAGUAUUAUACGUAAAAGGAUACAGCAAGGAUGAACGUUGUCACCGCGUCGUGCAUACUUCUGAAAACCAAGAGAGUCCUGUAGACUUCACUGUACACUUUGGUGACUGUGGCCUAGUGCACAUAAACGGCUUAGCAAGUUUCGUACUUGUAAUGCAAAAACAUCCGAAACUAGUCACAUCCAACGCAAAAGCAUUCCAUAUCAAAUGCAUCUACCAGACUGGUGAAAAGAAUGUCACACUAGCGUUUAACGUUUCUAUGCUCACCACGGCCGGAACCAUUGCUAAUACUGGACCACCACCCACUUGUUCUAUGAGAAUUGUGACUCGAUCAGGUGACCAAGUAAGCUCUGCUGAAAUCGGAGAGAACUUGGUUUUACAAGUCGACGUUCAACCAUCCAGUAUAUACGGUGGUUUUGCUCGAAGUUGUAUUGCAAAGACCAGUGAAGUGUCCACGAAAGCUGAAAAUGAACAUAUUGUAACUGAUGCGGACGGUUGCGCUACGGAUACGGCUAUUUUCGGAGAGUGGGAACGAAGCGAGGAUGGCAGUGCUCUUCGAGCCUCAUUCAAUGCUUUCAAAUUCCCCAGUAGUGACAAUAUAAGAUUCCAAUGCAAUAUUAGAGUUUGCUUUGGUAAAUGUCAACCGGUUAACUGCCGUGGAUUCGAUGCCUUCGGAAAACGUAAAAAGAGAGAAGCGAUCGACGACGAAGUUCCCCUGUUGAGUAAUGAAGGUCAACUAAGAGAGGAGGUGACGGUUGAGUCAAAUCCUAUUGUUGCGCUGGAGCGACGAGACCCAUCCCGAGUAGCACGGCAGCGCGAUGGCUCCGGUAUAGAGGGUGGACCGGGUAGUUCAGGAGAAGUUUGUGUGUCAGCUGCUGGAUUGGCAGUAGCUUUAGCAUUGACAGCGCUGCUAGCCCUAGUGGCAGUGGCGGCAGCAGUGGCGUGCUGGCUUGUAGCGUGGAGACGUGCCCGACCGCCACCAGCGCCACUCCCUCACCCGCCCGACUUCCCAAACCCGCUGUUCCAGCGCUGAGCGCUGCCCGCAGUUACUAGUCCGCGUCCCGCUCCUCCGCCGGCGCCGGGCGGUGUCGGCUCUUCCUUCUCCUCAUUCGGCUUCAUUCUGUGAGCGCCGCCGGAGGACCGCCGGGCGAGGGCGUCUCGAGCGCCCCCCUCGCCGCGCUCGUAGCGCCCUACAUUAGAUUAUUUUAUUUUAUACGCUAAUCUUAAAUGUUUCUUUUUUAACGUGGAAUCGUCGCCUCCUUUAAAUUUUGUGAUAUUCAUAAUAUAAAUAUUCGAAAACACCAUUAUUGUAUGUAGAGCGAAUAUUACAAAUAUAGUUUAUAAAUAAGAGAAUAAUAAUAUUAAUAAU